GAGCAGAACUGAAUAUAAUCUGACGCCGCCAUAGUGAGAGCAGGCACAGACACUGUGAAUUCGAUUCAUGAAGCUCUCACCGAUGUACUGUUUGCUAUUGACCCCUAUCUGGCGAGCUGGGCAGUCUGCCGACGUGUGUUAGCGAUGGAAGACUGAAAUAUCAGCCUUAGAACACCAUGAUAGCCGCGCUCUGUGUAUGAUAAUAGCUGCUGUCCUUGGACAAGGCAGGAGACAGUUCCUCUUUAGCAGGUAAUAUGCUGCAAUGAAACGACUGCUUUAAAAUUGCUAAAUCUAUACAUUUACAACCGUCUAAUAGCAACUUUAUUAAUCAGACAUUUCUAUGGGCUGCCGUGCCUGAACUUAAAUAACCCUGCCCGGGCAUUAGCAGGUUAAUCCUUGGUACACGUCAUAGGUUAGCUCAAUGCAUAGCUACAUUGAGACACAGUUAUCAUUGUGUACAAAACAUGCUCACUUUUAUCAGAUCAAAAUAUAAUACAUGAUGGAUAUUAUUUAACACAACUCCCAAUCUCAAUUCCUAAUCCCAGUAGAAUCCAAGAGAUCAAGAACUUGAUACUUAAGAACUUGAUACUAAAAUAUUAAAUCCAGAAAGGCUGAUAGCACAGGAGUUAGUACCCCCUACUGCAGUGGCACUAGUACAUGCGAUCAAUAGUAACAUGAGCAAUUGAAAAAGUACUUAAAUCCUGGCUAAAACGAAAAUGACACUUUCUGUUUAAAUCAUUUGGUGAUAUUAUUUAUAUUAUGGUUAUUAAUGCAAUAUAGUCACCUGAUCGUUUUCACCCCAGAGCUAAGGUUAAUAACACUUGCUUUCUAAGAAUACCCUUUGCACUCAGCAUGCUUUGAAGCUGCCAUCCAAUGCUUUUCAGGGUGGCCUUUGGAGAGGCUCAGCUAGUCCAGCCCCUUUCCCUUGCUCUGUUUAUUUUGGAGCAAGGACAUCAGCUGCUGCAACUGUCAUUGACUCUUCAAUGAAUGAGAGCAGAGGACAUCUGAACAACCUGUGCAGUUGAACCCCAGAGGAUUUGGUGGAGCUGGGUGACAAAGGAGAGAUUUAAAAUGAGAAGCAGGAGCAAUUCUGGAGUUCGUCUUGAUGGCUAUGCUAGACUUGUUCAACAAACCAUCCUAUGCCACCAGGUAAGAUCCUAGUAACUCAGUUUAUAUGGAAUGUACCAUGAUAUGCUAUGCACAUUAAUAUUUAUACUGUACCUACUGCAUGUGGUAUAUGGCUCCCCUAGUUUAUGGUGUUUUGUAUAUUUUCACUGACUGUAUGUUUUCUCUUAUUUUACCACACCAUAAACACACCCCAGGGCAUUCCCUGCUAAAGGCCGAACACUCCUUUGUAUGGACAGUUUUAACAGGUUAAUUGCUAGAGCUCAUUACCCUACAAAAGAUUUUAGUUUUAUGUAAAUUGCCAUUUUCUCUCAUGAUGAAAUCUCUAGAUCCUACGGGGUAUUCAGAAGAGAUGUGCAGUAAUAAAACAUAUACCCAGGACAUACUUGAAAAUGAGAGAAAUCUCAAUGUAUCUUUCCUGGUAAAAUAUUUUUUAAAAUAUUUUAUAAAUAAAUAUUUCACAUCUGUAUAGCAUAGGCUAUCUUUAUUUUAUAAAACAAACACAAAUUAUUUUAGGAAACCCAUUCCUUUUGGAUUCAUUAAAAGUGUUAAUCUAUUUAUUAUUAACUAUUUAUAUGAUUCCUUGUAAUAUCUGUAGUUUAAUAUUGGGUAUAUUUAAAUGUACAUCUAUUUGUAAAGUUUUUUCAUUCUGAAGUUUAUUUCUAUUUAUGCUGCUGGCAAAUAUAUUUUUUUUAUUGUUUUAUUAUUAAUACAAUCUUUUAAAAAUCAUAUUAUACUAAGAAUACUGUGUGAAUGCUAUUUUAAUGUUUUAUUAUUAAUACAAUCUUUUAACAAUCAUAUGAUACUAAGAAUACUGUGUGAGUGCUAUUUUAUUGUUUAUUUGUAAUAAAAUAAUGUGAAUUUUAAAAUAUUGUAAGAAUGCUGUGUUAGCCUUUGCCCACUUCUAGCCCUGAACUGAGCAUUGAGCAUAUAAUGUCGAAUCCAUAUUCUGUAAUAUUAGGAGUUUUUGGUAGGAAUGUUAAAUGCAAUGCAGAUAACUCAGCAGUUACAAAGGGGCAAUUGGCUUUAUGUAUAGAGAGAAAUUGUGAAAGAAAGUUAUAAAAGUGGAACAAUUAGAAGGGCGGUUCCAGUGGUUUCCAUGGCGAGUGAUCCAUUUACAGUAUUGACACAGUUUCUCUGCACACUCAUUGUGAUUUGUAUUUUAUCUUAUCACUGUUUUUUGACUCCUGUGGGACAAUUGAGUGUUGUUUGUUAGCAUAAGGCAGCGAGUGUAUCUAACAAGUACAUUUAAUCAAAAGUUUUGCCUGUUAAACUAACAACUCAGGGUGAGCCAUUUUAACCCCUUAAAGAUUAAUUCUAUUUAAUGCUGUAAAUACAAUCUAGAUACCAAAGACCUUAUGUCAGCAUUGAACGCCCGGCCUAUUUACCAUUGGCUAUAUUAUGAAACACCUGUCUACAUAUUUAUUUUAUUAUACAUUUGUAUGGUUUUCAGUUUUGUAUAAAGACCUCCCACCUUUAAAUAAGUGGAAUAGUCUACAUUGAUAUUGAAUUUUAAAAAGGCUUGUUUGUUAUUUAUUCCAUCACAGGUCCAUACAGGGUUAACAUUUUGUAAAAUCUGAUGCAGUGACUCUACCAGUCAUAUUCCGUACGCAUGUCAGACAGCACAAGCAUUUUGUUUACUAAAUUUUGGCCAAAUUACCACAUGCUCUGUUCAGUGAAUGGAGCUCUUUUAAAGUUAACCAUGUUUAUAAAACAUAACUUAGGUUACCACACUUAAAAUGUUGUUUAAAAUCGUACAUGCUACUAUGAUAUUUAAACUUUCAAAUUAGAAAUAUGUUAACGUAUAUAAAAACUUUAAAAAAUGUAUUAAUGUACUUAUCUUUAAACAGAUCGUAAAAUAAUCUGAUUGUAUUUAUUAAGAUAAGGAACACACAAACAUUUGUUUUAACUAUUAUGACAAUAGGACACAAGACUUUACUGUAAGCAAUUUAAAAAACAAACAAACCAAGAAAUCUUCAAGAUUUGCAUAGGAGGUUCUGUGUUUGUACAUAAGAGCCAGAACAGAGGAUGUGGUAUGGACAACACUGGAAUAUGUGCAGUGUUUAAAGGAGAAGUAACCAAAUCAAAGAGAAAAUAAUGCAGAUACAAGUUAUCCAAUGGAUGGAAAUUUUUUUAGGAGAGUUAAAAACCAUACCAUGUUUUAAUAUAUUAAAAACUAAAGGUCAACAUUCUGUUUCCCCCACAGUAGUAUUCCUUUAGUUGCUUGUGGAUAGAUAGUGCUGCCACUGACAUUUGAAUCCAGGCAUAUGUUAUUCACGUAGCAAUCAUCACAGUCUGGAAUUGUGCCUGUCGGUGUAUACUAUAGAAAGGGAAGCCCUUCUGUGUACAGAUCAAUGGCACGGCACCACUUAGUUGUAAAUUUAGAAGCACUCAGUGCCAGGAAUAGCAUGGGAACACAUUUUACACGUAGGCCCGAAAAUUACUUCUUCACUUGUGUAUCCUGGUUGCCUCUGAAGCUUACAAGUGUUUAAAGAAAAUUGUAUUGAUUUGAAAUUUUAACCAAUUAUAUAUUCUCUGACCUAAGAAUGUGUGCUGCAUUGGCAUCCCAGCAUAAUUCUGUGAAUCAAGUUUAGCCAAAAAAUUUAAUAAAGCAGUGUCUUUACAUACUUUCAAGGGGUCAUAUUUAGGAGGGACAGUCCAUAUUCUGUGCUCAAAUCCUUGUUUUUUAAGAGCUCUAUAUUGUUGAUGUGUCUGAGUGUAUAACAGAACUCCACAGCAAUAAUACUCACAGUAAUUUGUCUAUAAACUGCAAUAAAUGUGUUUAGAAAUCAGUCGGUGUCAAUAAGAUACAUUGACUUUGUUCUAAAUUAUAGUUUAUCUUCAUACAUUUUUAUUAGAAGCUCGACUAAAUUUCUCAGAAAAGCUUGUCCCUGGCCACAUCCACACUCAUACCACUAGCAUUAAAGUGUCCCUCUUUAUGCAUUUGAAAUGUUGGAAGAUAUGUUAUGAAGUAACACUAAACCUUUUGCGGCAUUUUGUUUUUUCCCCUCCCACCUCACCCCGCACACUCCACCAAGUGACCUCUAAGUCCAGGGAAGGCCCUGUGUUGAUGUUGUCUGUACCAGGCAUGUAGCAGUCAGGUGCAGGAAGUAUGAAGCAGCAUGUAUCUAUAUAGGUUUGUUUGGUAUUUGUGGCAGAGGUGGCAGUACCACAGCUACCGAUUCAUAGAAAAAAGUAUUUUAUAUAUAUAAUAGACAGCAGAAAAAAGGGAUAAAGAAAAGAAAAUCUGAGUUCCUACUUACAAACAGGGCAAUGUAACUAGUGAAACACCAAAUUUUGACAAAAACCAGGGCUCUCGCUGGUACUCAUAGCAUGCUUACUCUUCAUUGGCAUUGUUAUCAAUUCCAUCUAAACUGGAUGAGUCAGUGGCUGUAAACACAUUUAAUUAUGGAUAACUAAACGUGUACAUGUUAGUUACUAAUAAAGAGUUUUCCUGACUCCAACAUUUUGGUCCUGGUUCCUAAAUUCAAGCAGAGUUCAAAUAACCAGGCAAUAAACCAUAAGAUCAUAACUAUUUAUUUGUCAAUUAUCCCUUUUAUGUGAAUGUAUUUGAUUGUCUUUAUACUUUGUGUUUACAAGUGAAUGAGGAGUUAAUAUGUUGAAAAAACACUUAUGUAAAUGAAUGGCCUGAGGUAAACUGCAAAGUUAUGGCCAUUGUUGUAUAGCUAGUGCUUGAAGGCUGUAUUUUGCUCAAACCUUAAAAAUAAACAAAUCUGGGUACUUUUUGAAAUGAACUUGCUUGGGGAGAAAGUUGAACCAACAUAUUAACCCUUUAAUAGCUUACCAUGGAAUCUGGAAGCUUCACAAGUCAGCUAUAUAAGAACUUUCAAAUAAAUAAAUACACUGAAGAUUAAACAUAAUGGUAAUGGUUCUUUUUAAGUCUGUAUAACACUAAAGGUAAACCAGUAGCAAACAAGCCUUCCGCUGCUGGCAUACACCACUUAACCUGAUUACAGUCAGGUAAAGACUAAUAAAAUAUACAAUGUUUUACUACAAUGGUAAAGAUAUACCAAUAGUAAAAAAGUGCGUAGCGCUUAAAGUGGUGUUACACUUACCCCCUAGGGGUUGAACAAUGAUAACACAAAAAAAUAAAAAGGGAACACGUAUAGUGUAAUAACGUAGAUAUUAAGUCAGUGGAGUAAAUUAAAAAAGGAUCCACUCACGUGGUAAAGAGCCCAGUAUGGAUAGGCUCCGGUCACCUCCGCUUUAGUGUACUAUGGUGGCACUCAACCUUUUCAUUGAAAUUAUAGCUGUCCGUAUCCUCAUAAGAAAGGAAACAAAACAGGAAGGAGAGACAGGAGGGGGGAACAAGCCUUACUGCACAAACUUAACAACAGGUUAUUACUGUAGUGCACAGUUUGCUUAGCACCUUUUAAGGUGCUUGGACCUGGCACCUAGUAUAUAAGCAGAUGUAUCAAAAAGGGAGAUACUACGCUUCUUUACCUCGCAGCAGCAACAGUAGAUGAUCUACAGGACACUGUUCCAAAUGUAGUAACAGAAAUGUAUUCAAUAAAACAUAUAUUAAAAAACAUCCAUGUAAUUCAUUAUCCGAGAGAUGUUUCGCCAGUCGCAGCCUGGCUUUAUUAAUCGGUAACAUUCUGCUGCAGAUCCUUCAGUUUAAAUAUCCCUGGGUUUAUUGUAAUUGGUGAAGCAUCACUCGCAAUACCGCCAAUCACGAGUGAUGUUCCUGGAGGAGUGGCUGAGUGUUUUGCCCCUUUGCUUAAAGGGACACUAUAGUUACCCAAAAGACUUUAGCUUAAGGAAGCAGUUUUGGUGUAUAGAUCAUGAUCCUGCAGUCUCAUUCCUCAAAUCUCUACAAUUUAGGAGUUAACUCCCCUUUGUUUCUGUCCAUGCAGUCCUAGUCACACCUCCCUGGCUGUGACUCACACACCAUGCAUGAAAAAAGAAAAUGGUUUCACUUUCAAUUAGAUGUAACUUACUUUAAAAGUAAUUAUUGCCAUCUCUCUAAAGUGAAUUUUAAUCCUACACAGGAGGUUUCUGUGGGGUCUAGCAAGCUAUCAACAGUGCAGGGGAUAAUAAAUUUUAAAUUAAAUAGAAUUUACAAUGAAGGAAGUGUGAACAUUAGCUGACUCUUUACAGGAAGUGUUUAGGAAGGCUGUGCAAGUUACAUGCAGGGAGGUGUGACUAGGGUGCAUAAAUAAAGUGAUUUAACUCCUAAAUGGCAGAGAGUUGAGCAGUGACACUGUAGGGAAAUGAUUUAUACACCAAAACUGCUUCAAUAAGCUAAAGUUGUUUAGGUGACUAUAGUGUCCCUUUAAUGACGUCGGACUCCUCAAGACUAAUAAAAUAGAUGAUUUGCAGUAAUAAGUAUAGUAAGUCUGCUAUUCACAAAGUAUGAGAUAAGAUGACAUAACCUUAACCAACUUAUUGUUCUGUGAUGUAAAGUUUAUUUCUCCUGAUCUCUCAUCUUGAAUAAUUGGUUCCAGGGCAGCUCAAGGCAAAUAAACAAGAAAAUAAUGAAAUACUUUUUUUCUUCCUUCUCAUAAGCCUAACUAUCCUAUAGGCAGGGCCAGUCCUUGAAAUGGAAGAUAGAAUGUUUAUAACCCCAGCGUUACCUGCUCCUCCCCCACCUCCCCAUACCUGUUGCUUACCUACUUCAGAGAUGUAGAACCUGAUGGUCCAGUGUUAGCAUAAUGUGGUGUUGUGUGCAUUUCACUAUUACUUGAGACCAAGGACAUCACUCUGUAUGCUCAAAACCUCACAUUAUUGCAAGGAGUGGGCACCUUGCUCUCAUUUAAAUUGAUAUGCCUAAAAUAACACACUGUUUUUAUUCCCUCAAAUGCAAAUUUCCUGUCGAGUUCUGCUUUACAUAUAUACAGUAGAGCAGAUCCAUACUAUGUACAGUACAUGACAUUAGCUUUACAAUCUCACUCAACUUGUCCUUCACCAUUCUCUAUUACUUCUGUUACAAUAUUUGGAAAACUAAAGCCGAAAUUGUCACAAUAAAACCAAUGGCACCGAGGACAGUAUAUGACAUCAUCCAUUGUGCUAAACGAUGCAGAGUACGACUGCAAGGGCCCUUUAAUGUAAAACAUUUAAAAACAUUUUUUAUGCUUUAUUUAUUACUGUCAAAGGAAGUGCAGGGCUGGACAGAUGGAUAGACAAACACUGUGCAUUACUAUCAUCAGAGACAGAAUUGACUAAUAAAAACAAAAAAACUAAAAUUUUAUUUAAUUUUUGUGAAUCUUUGUUAGUUUUGUUAUAUACUCUUUUGGUCCAUUUUCCAUUUGUGCUAUGUUUUCACUUAGUAUUGGAAUAUUUUGACCAACUAUAAUAUGUGAAAUGUUAGUUUGCUACUCUGAAAGUUCUCACAUAGAAUGGACAGUAGAAUUAUAUAUAGACUUAAAAGAAUUUUGUAAAAAAAAUCCACAUGGGGACAUAUCUACACCCAACUAUAACCUAGGAACAUUACUAGAAAGUCUAACAUUCUACCAGACUAUACAUUCUCAUCAAUCACGGUAUAUUUCCAAAGACAUUACAUACAACUGUAAAACUUUGUUGAAAAAAACUAAACAUUUGCCCAUGGACUUUAACCCCUUAAGGACACAGCUUCAGAAGCUUGUCUUACGCUUAAUGACACAAGCAAUUUUUGCAUUUUCUUGCUGUAUGCGUUCAACUGCAAUUUGCAUCUCUCUCGUUUAUUGCACCGACACAUAUUAUAUACUGUUUUUUAAAAGGACAGAAAGGGCUUUAAUUUGAUGUAACACACACACACACACACACAUAUAUAUAUAUAUAUAUAUAUAUAUAUAUGCUUAUUUAUUAUAAAAAAAAAGAAAAAUGCAAAAAAAAGAAAUAUUUUUUGUACAGUUUUUGCAAUAAUAAUGUGUGCCUAAUUAGUGCAGGUUAAAGAAAGUAAUUAAAAAUAAAUUCAUUUAGUUGUUCUGAUUUACAGAAUAUAUAAUGUGUCUGGGAUUUUAAGUUUUUUUUUUUUUUUUGGUAAUUACAGGUCACAAAGCACAAGGAGUAAAAUAAACUUUUAAUAUGGAGCGAUUUUAGAAUUUGGUAUGUUUGUCUUGUAAGCUUAAUAGCCAUAAAAGAGAACAAAAUUGCCACACAAAAGUAUAUAUUUAUAUAAAGUAGACAUCACAGGCUAUUGUUCUAAAGUUGUUUUGACACUUUCCAUGUAGCCAUUUCACCACCAAUCUCUGCUAAAUAUUGGAGUAAAAUUUUGUUGUUUGGGUUUUUUUGCACACAAACUUAUAACAAAGAACUUCUCAUGUGUAUUUUGUAAAGUUGGUGUGUGCUAUUCCUGUACAGUUACUUGUGUUCAGUUACUUCUGCUGAGUACAACGAUACCCCCAUUAUAUGUCUUUGGCAUUAUUUCGUGAAGCUACAGUGCCAUAUAGGAGACCUGUCCGUUUCAACAUUUACAGUAGAAUUUUGAGAGGCGGAUUUAAUAGGCCUAUGCUUCAAUUUGGGGUAUUAUAGCAGUUUGACUGUUCAAAAAAACCCCACAAAGGCCUACCAUUUGUAAAAGUAGACACUCCAGGGUAUCUCAUAUGGUGCAUAUUGUGCCUUAACAUGCCCCCAUUUUUUCACCAAUAUAUGCCAAAGUAUGUGGUAAAAUAUAAUUUGGGAUAUUUUUUACAUACGGAUUACAUUUUUGCUGGGCAUUUUGUACAUUUCAAACCCCCCCAAAUUAUGCUAAGUUACAUCUUCUGAGUAAAACAAUAUGCCCAAUGUAUGACCAAGACAAUAUUUUGUGAAGUUACAAUGCUGUAAAAGAAACGUGACAAGUUAAGGUUUUUAAGUGUGAAUUUUCAUGGAGGGUUUUGAUGCGUCCGUGUCCCACUUUGGAGCACUUGAGCAGGCUACAUAUUACAACUACACCAUAAAGGCAUACCAUUUCUUAAAGAACACAUCCCAGGGUAUUUCAAAAGGCAUAUUUUGAACCUUAGCGUGGGAUAAUUUUUCCGCUAGCUUGAACCAAAUGUAGUGGUAAUAAGCAUUUUUUCUGCCUUUUUGACACACAAAGUGAGUUUGCGCAGUAUAUUUUUCAAACCUUAUGUGUGCUACGACUGUAUAAUACUUCAUAUGUUGCUCAGCUGUGUCGGCUGAGUACAGCAAUACCCCCGUAUGUACCUUUGCCAGGUAUAUGUGGACAUUGAAGGGGCACAUUUGAGACACAGCCAUUCCAGUUUUUCUCAAAUUUAGAAUUUUUACGCUGUGUCCAUGUCCCAUUUUAGAGUAUUUUACAAGGCUAUAUAAUCCAAUUACACCAUAAAGGCAUACCAUUUCUUAAAGAAGACAUCCCAGGGUAAUUCAAAAGGCAUAUUUUGAACCUUAACGUGGGAUCAUUCUUCCGCUAGCUUGUACCAAAUGUAGUGGUAAUGAGCAUUUUUUAUGUAUUUUUUUACUUUGCAAAACCCGUUUUUAAACUUUUUUUUACUUAUUACAUUUUUUACACUUUCUUAACUUUUUUUACACUUAAAAAUUUUUUUCUUAACUUUUCUUUUACAGUUAACCCCUAACUAGCAGUAAGCAGCACUAACAGUAAAUCCCCCCCUUUCCCAUAACUCCCAUCCAGUCCAGCAAGCAAAAUAUAUAUAAUUAUAAAAUAUUUAAAUUAAUUAAUUAAAUAAAUUGAACCCCUAAGGGUUACAAAAUAAAUAAAAAUUAAUCCUCAGGAGUUAAAAGAAAUUAGAUUACAGUAUAAUACUGUGAUCUGUAUUUUGAUCACUGUAGGCAGUGAUCAACUGGCAGGGAAGGGGUUAAUUUUUAUUUAGACUGGGUAAAGGGGGGGUGGUAUUUUUUUUUUUACUUAAACGUUACUAAAACAUUUUUUAAAAACUUUUUUUACCUUUUUAAAGCUUAUUUUUAUAACUUUUUUUAACGUUGACCCCUAGUUAGACUAACACCAAAUUCCCCAAUUCCCCACUAACUUCCAACCAUCCCAGCUAGAUAAAUAUAUAAUUUUUAAAUAUUUAAAUUAAUUAAUAAAAUACAUUUAACCCCUGAGGGUUAAAAAAAAAGAAUUAACCAUCAGGGGUUAAAAAAAAUAAUCAGAUGACAUUAAAAUGUAUACCCUGCCAAUUGAUCACUGUAGUCAGUGAUCAAUUGUCAGGGAAGGGGUUAAUUUUAUUAAAGCAGGGGAAAGGGGGGGUGGGAUUUAACUUUUUUUUUUACACAGGGAGAACAUCAGCAGCACUGAUCCGUCUCCCUGCACUUCACACUGAACCCGGAAGUGCAGGGAGGCGGAAGGUGAGUAUACUGAGCACAUGUGCUCGCUCUGACAGCCUGUCAGAGCGAGCACCGGUGCUGUGGCAGCUCGAUCGGGUGCUCCCGGUCUGCCUCUAAUACAGAGGCAGACCGGAGCACCAUUAACCCCACGAUCGCGGCGAUCGCGGCAAUUGCGGCGAUCUGGGGUUAACUUUAGUAAAAGACGGAAAUUUUCCGUCAUCGGUCCUUAACUAAAGGACAAGGUUGAUGGAAAAUUUCCGUCUGCGGUUGGGAAGGGGUUAAAUUGAGAAAGCAAUUAUAAUCAACAAUAACAAAUCUAUAGUUGCCUGAUGACUUGUAUUGUGUUCUGCUCUAAACUUACUUUGCAUUUACCCAAACAAACUUGCUGUAUUUGAAUGACAAUUCCGAGAACAAAUUUGGAAACACAAAACAACUUUUCAUAUCCUUACGUGUUCUGAUAAUGGAACAAUAUGCAACUGCAUACCAGCUAAAAGGACCACUAUAGGCACCCAGACCACUUCAACUCAAUGAAGCGGUCUGGGUGCCAAGUCCCCCUAGUUUUAACCCUGCAGCUGAAAACAUAGCAGUUUCAUAGAAACUGCUAUGUUUACAUUGCAGGGUUAUUAUUAUUAUUUUUAUUGUUAUUGCCAUUUAUAUAGCGCCAACAGAUUCCGUAGUGCUUUACAAUAUUAUGAGAGGGGGGAUUUAACAUAAAUAGGACAAUUACAAGAAAACUUACAGGAACAAUAGGUUGAAGAGGACCCUGCUCAAACGAGCUUACAGUCUAUAGGAGGUGGGGUAUAAUCCAACCUCUAGUGGCUGUCUCCCUGACAUGGAGUAAAUCGCACUUAUCUGACACUGGACGACCUCACAGAGUCCAGCGUUAAGUAAAAUCCCUGAUUUGAAUGCAUCCGCUCCUCUGGCCGCGCAUGCGCAUUCCACUCCACUCAGGAACUGACGUCGGUGGGGGAGGAGAGGUAACCAGUGCCGAGGGAGCCUGGUGCUGGUUUUACCCCUUCAGCGCUGAGGGAGGGGGUAGUCCAAGAGUCUAUAGUGCCAGGAAAACGGGUUUGUUUUUCUGGCACUAUAGGAUCCCUUUAAGCUCAUAUUUGUAUUAAAUAUAUAAAUAAAAAUUUAUUACAAUGACGGCUUACAUGGUACAAUCAAACAGGACAGAAACUUGACUGCAGUGAAGGAGCAGGAACAUGGCUGUCUGUUAUUUUAUUAAUUCACCCUGUGCAUAGAGAAAUGGGAGGUGGACUUCAUUAGCCUUCCUUAGACUCAAAUGAUCUUAUUCCAAGACUCGAACAGCUGAUUAUGAAACCUAGGUGGCAAAUCUUGGUCCCUAUGUUGUUAGGUGAUCCAGUCCUGCUAUCUCUGCAAUGAAGUGAGAAAAAGGGAAGCAAAUAUAGAGAGGAAAUUAAGGUCAGCAUUUUUUUUAUUAAAGGGACACUCAAACAACUUUAGCUUAAUGAAGCAGUUUGUGUAUAUAGAUCAUGCCCCUGAAGUUUCACUGCUCAAUUCUCUGCCAUUUAGGAGUUGAAUCAGUUUUGUUUCUAUUUAUGCAGCUGGAGCCACAACUCCCCUGGCUGUGACUGACUCAGCCUGCAUGAUAACAAAAUGGUUUAAAGGACCACUCUAGGCACCCAGACGACUUCAGCUUAAUGAAGUGGUCUGGGUGCCAGGUCCAGCUAGGGUUAACCCAUUUUUUCAUAAACAUAGCAGUUUCAGAGAAACUGCUAUGUUUACGAAUGGGUUAAGACUUCCCCUAUUUCCUCUAGCGGCUGUCUCACCCUCAGGGCACUAUAGUGCCAGGAAAACGAGUAUGUUUUCCUGGCACUAUAGUGGUCCUUUAAUUUACAAUCAGAUGUAACUUACUUUAAAUGUUUUUGCCCCAUGCUCUGUAAAUUGAACUUUAAUCACACACAGGAGGCUCAGUGGUGUACACACAAACCAUGGGGCCCCGGUGCGAAAAUUAUCAGUGGGCCCUCCCUCCCCCACACACACAGAAACAUACAAACAAACAGACAGGCACACAUAUAUACAUACAGACAGACACAUACAGACAGACACACACACACAUACAGACAGACAGACACACACAAGACACAUACAUAAAAAACAGGCAGACACACACACACACAGACAUGCACACAUACAGACAGACACACACACACACACACACACAAGAUGCACAUACAUACAUACAAACAGACAAGCACACACACAUACAGGCAGACACACACACACAGACAUACAUACAUCCACAGACAGGCACACAUGGCUCAGGUGAAUGGGAGUCAGAGUUCCCACUCUGACUCUCUCUGCUUCCUCCUGCGCGGCUCUCAGUGUUAGCUGGGAGGAGUGAUGUGCAGUCACUUCCUCCCAGCAGUGAUGUCAUCACAGGGGGCCCGGUCAGCGCUAAGCGCUUUAGCAGCGCGACCAGGCCCCCUUACCAUUCCGGAGAAGAUGAUGGCGGCGGAUACCUGGUCACAGGGGUCCGCAGGGCGGCCGAGCCUGCUGAGUGGCGGGCUGGGUCACAGCUGCGUCCCCUGCGACCACGGUAUGUAUGCUGCUGAGGAGGCUCCUGCAGGGUCUAUCAUGCUAUUACCAGAGCAAGAGAUAAGAAAUUCUAAAUUAAACAGAUAUUGCAAUAAAGUGUAAACACUAGAUGACUCUUUACAGUAAGUAUUUAGGAAGGCUAUGUAAAUCACAUGUAGAGAGGUGUGGCCAGAGCUGCAUAAACAAAGUAAUAUAAUUAGAGAUGUCCCGAACAGUUCGCCGGCGAAUAGUUCCCGGCGAACAUCGCAUGUUCGCGUGCGCCACGGUGGGCGAACAUAUGCUAUGUUCGGUCCGCCCCCUAUUCCAUAUCAUUGAGUAAACUUUGACAACCCCCCCACCCGCCGCUUGGGGCUGGGGGUUGUUAAAGUUUACUCAAUGAUAUGGGGGGGGGACCUACUGUCCUCCCCCCGGCCCCCACCCCUGAGCGGUGGGUGGGGGCCCUAAAAAAAACAAUAGGGGGGAUUGGUGGAUUGAAAUGGCCCCCACCCACCGUGCAGGGGUGGGGGCGUGGGGGGAGGACAGUAUUUAUGGCCCCCACCCGCCGCCCAGGGGUGGGGGCCAGGGGGAGGACAGUAGUUCCCCCCUCAUUAUCUUUAUGGCCCCCACCCGCCGCCCAGGGGUGGGGGCCAGGGGGGAGGACAGUAGAUCCUCCCCCCCAUUUUUAUUUAUGGCCCCCACCCGUCGCACAGGGGUGGGGGCAAUAGGUUUUUUUUUUUUUUACAGUGAGCAGCCACUGGCUGCUCACUGCUUACUAGACAUGCCCCUACUCGCUGCAUAGCGAGUAGGGGCAGAAUUUACUAAUACUAAGUAAUCUUUACUUAGUAUUAGUAAAUGUGGCUGAAAGACCAAUUUAGUUCUUUCAGCCUUUUAGUAGAUAGCUCUCUAAUACCGUGGGAAUUAGGGAGUUAUCUGCUAAGCGGCUUCAAGAUGCAGCCGCAGAUCGGAGUUUGCAUGCCACAGUCCAGGUGUUAGUCCCCUUGAAACAACUUUUCCAUCACUAUUGUGGCCAGAAAGAGUCCCUGUGUGUUUUAAAAUUCGCCUGCCUAUUGAAGUCUAUGGCGGUUCGCCCGGUUCAAUAAAUUUCGUAUUCGCGACAUCACUAAAUAUAAUUCCUAAAUGGCAGAGAAUUGAGCAGUGAGACUGCAGGGGCAUGAUUUAUACACCAAAACUGCUAAGCUAAAAGCUAAAGUUGUUUUCAUAACUAUAGUGUCCAUUUAACUUAAAUCAAUAUAUUACAGAAAUAUAAUGCCCAAAGUGGCUUAACUAUAUAUAAAGAUGCUUUUGUUAAUUUAUUGUUAUCAUAUCUCUUAGAAUUUGGUUUUAUGUUCCAAUGUUCAUUAUAUAGUGUAUAGUGAAAUAGUAUAAACCACAAGUGUUGAAACAAGAAUAAAUAUUCCUCAAUUUCCUGCCUUCAACUGAUAGCCUGUCUUUCACUGCCAGAAGCUGCACUAGUAUUCAGUUUAAAAAUAGAGCCUGUUGCUUGUUCUGGAAAGAUUCAUUUUACAUUUAAGAGGCCUACAUGUCUGCCAAGGGGGCCGGACAUUUAUUGCAAGAAGCACACUUUGCUAUUUUUCUCAAUGAAGUCACUGAAAAUUUUAUUUUUAGAAAGUUAAUAAACUCUCCUUUCCAUAUUUGAGUGAAUCAAGUCAAGAUUUGCUUCACGUUGGAUUCGGUCUACAUUAUAGUCAGCAUUUUCAAAUUUAAAAAUCAUGGGUUCAGUGAAUGAAUAAGGGCAGUCAGAAAAUCCUUGUGGGCUACUUGAUUAUUAUUUCCUACUUGUACAUAUUGACAAGGUUCACGAGACUUGGGCACCAGAAUAAGUGAAAGGGUUGUUGUGUUCUUUUAACACAUUUGGUGCUAAGGGAAGGGACGCCUAUCACUUGUUUGGAUCGGUGCUGGGUCAUACUGAUAUAAAGUUUUCACAUAUUAAACCAACAGUGUUUAGGGUUUACCUGAAUAAUAUUUAUUUAACAUUCCUUUCACAGAAUCCAGUCACUGGACUGCUCCCCGCCAGUAAAGAACAGAAAGAUGCCUGGGUUCGGGACAAUGUGUACAGCAUCUUGGCUGUAUGGGGACUAGGAAUGGCAUACAGAAAAAACGCUGAUCGAGAUGAAGACAAAGCCAAGGCUUAUGAACUCGAACAGGUAAGAAAAAUUGCUAAAAAAAAAAACCAGUGUAUGUUUUUUUUUUCCAGGAAUAUUUUAAUUGUAAGUAAAUCAAUUAAAGGAACACUCAAUCCUUAGAAAAAGUAAAUUUUAUAGAGAGCAAAUUCUUAUUUAUAUGCAUUAUUUUUGGGGUAAUAUUUGGUGUUCAUUAGAGAAAUCUUGUUAUAUUCCUGAUUCCAUUCAUUUUCUAUGUAGAAGCACCCAGCCUUUUAAUAGAUCAUUAGGAUCUUGCACAGACUCAUGCAGUUAAGUAGGCUGUAUAGAUUCAGCCCUGAAUUAAGAUAUAAAUGAUGUGUGAUAUAAAGCAUUGACAUCGCUAUGGCAUCAAGACUAACCAUUUAAAGCAGGCUUCCCCAAACUCCAGACCCUCCAGAUGUUGCUGAACUACAGCUCCCAUGACUCUCCGCCUAUCUAUUUCAUUCAGAGAAUCAUGGGAGUUGUAGUUCAGCAACAUCUGCAGGGCCGGAGUUUGGGGAAGUCUGAUUUAAAGUAUCCUCUGAGAACCAUAACCCCUGCAGCCUAUUGUAGUGCAUAUGGGGCAAACUAUUAAGUGCUUAGAGUGUUAGUUCAACUGUGACUUUCACCAAGCUAUUUAUAGUCACAGAGAUAUUAUGGCAUACAAGAUUGUUCUGAAUUGACCUGCUCAGGACAGUUUUCCGUGGAGUUACCAUUAGACUCAUAAUUUUCCAAGAUGCUGAGUGAGACCCAGGAUCAAAUGAUUUAUAAAGCACAGUUCAGCCUGAGUUAAAGUUGACCCUUGGGUAGUCCCAGGAUGCAUAUUAAAAUUAAUAGUUGUUAUUCUGUGCAAGUAUCCUGGUAUCAGUGGUGUCAUAUAAAUGAAUAUGUUAAUAAACGAUAACAUACUACAAAAAGGUACACUGUCAAAGACAGGAUUGUGACAGGUUAAAGAGGAGCUGAGUGAGUUACUAUUAGAAAGGUUGACCUUUGGAACCUGGAGAUGAGACAGAAGAAUGUGUAAUUAAACUACAAUAAUGUGUUUAGAAAUAAGUAUGUGUAAGUAUGAUACAUUGUUCGUGAUCUAAAUUACAUAGUUGCAUAAAUUGUUUUAGUAAAUUUAAAAGAAAAUAAUAAAAUAAAAUGUUGCACAGCUUUGUGGAAACAUUAGGCUAUAAGGGAAGAAAUUUUAGGGAUGUGCUGUGCUAAAAUUCUAUACUUGUUUCUCCUACAGACUUAUUCACUAAAGUGAGAAUUCAAAGUGAAAGUAAAAAUUAAGGUCAAAAUAUCCAAAACAAAGAAAAUGAUCUAAGUCAGCUAUGCUUUCACUUUGGCUACUCUGGCCUGAAAUAGGAAAAUCACUCUGAAAUGUCACUUUAGUAAAUAAUUGUAAAAGUUACCAAUGUAACCAUGGGCUUCUGGCAGCAAAUUUCCAACUGCCUCAACUGGCAAACAUUGCACAAAAGCUGGUGCAUGGUGCACAAGUGUCUUCUUUUUGUUAUUAUUUAGUAUUAUUGUAAUGUGCCAGCAUAUACUGUAGCUCUGCAUAAUUGGGGGAAAGCAAUACAUACAUAUCAAUACAUGCUCAUGUAUGUAACAUCAUUUUUUUUUUUUUUUAAUUUGACAAUUUUUAUUUUCAAAUGUAAAUAGGGUACAAAAAGGAAGAGGGAAGGGAUUCAUAGUAAAUAAUUUCACAUUUGCUUGUUGCAGGUACAUUAUCAUGGUUAGGUUUACAUCUUUGUUAAGGUUAAGGUUGAGAACUCUACGUGUGUCACAUCUGAGUGGGUUAAACAGUGGGUGUAACAUAUGUCUCCUAAACACCAUUUUCUACCUUUUCUGUUGAGGUCUUACUCAUGAUGGCCUGGGUUUAUGAGCUAUCAUGCCUUGUCAUGUUUGGGACCCAGGCUCCGCAUGUUACCUUCAUCGUUGGUGAGUGUGCGGGGAUUGGGUCGGUUGGGGGGGAUGGGGGUUGUAGGCGGUUGGGGGGGGGGUCGGUCGGGACGUGAAUGGGUGUAGCUGGGUUCAUAUAGGUUGUGUACUGUUUAAUUGAGGUUUUCGUAGUUGGACGUAUUCGUUCCCUCUCCGUGAGGGUUUUUAUGAUCUUGUGUGUCAUGUUAAUGGGGUUUGUUUUUGUCCCACAGCUCCCAAGCUGCUGACCAGUGGAAGCUUUUCUGCUGUGUCUUCCUUGCUAAAGUUUCAUAUAGUUUGGCGUGCUCUAUUGUUUCUAUGCAUUGUUUGAGCGUUGGGGUUGUUGUUUGCUUCCACUGUCUGCUUAUGACAGUGAGGGCCGCAAUUAUGAUAUGAUAUGUCAUGUAUUUGAUGUGUGUAUGUGGCUCCUGUGGGAGCAGAAGUAGGAGGAACUUUUCAGGUGUUGAGGGUAGUUUCAGCCCCGUGCAUCGGGUCGUUAGGUUUGCAACUUGUGUCCAGUAGUGUUGAAGCAGUGGACAGUGCCACCAUAUAUGUAUCAGAGUUCCUUUGUUUGGCAUAUCCAGCAUGAGUCAGAUGUGUCAAGGAAGCUGUGUUUGAGUCUUGUGGGAACCAAAUACCAUCUGUAGAGUAGCUUGCAUGAAAGUUCUAGGUGGUUUGUACAGAGUGUUAGUCGUUUGUGGGCUUGGUAGAUGUCUUGCCAUUGUUCUUCCGUAAGCGGGUGUCCGAUGUCCUUUUCCCAUGCUGAUUUGAAGGAGGGUGGUUGUUUUCGGCAUUGUGUAUGUUCAGAGGUGUAAAUCAAGGAUAUGAGUUUCUUUGCCGACUUGGUUUUGGUGCAUAUCUGUAUUAUUUUAUCCCAAUGUGGGCCUGGUAUCUGUGUUUCUGGUUGUGCCAGUUGGGAGUUCGUCCAAGAUUGUAUUUGGAGAUAAGAGAAGGUUGCUGUGGAUGGCAGAGUGUAUUCUGUUCCUAGGUCUGAAAAUGUCUUAAGUUUGUUGUUUUGUAGUAGUUGAGACACGGUUUCCACCCCAUGUCUUUGCCAGAGCUUGUGGUUGAAAUCGGGAAUGAAUAAUCGUAGUGCUUCGAUAGGGAUUGCUGGGGCUAGUGUUGUCUUUUUUCUAUAGUUGUCCCAUAUUGAGAGGGUUAGCGCAGUAGUAGGCAGUAGUUCAGUGGUUUUCAGUCUGUGGGUUUUGGAUAGCCAUGCCAGAGUUGGUAGUGCAAGUCCCUUUGCAUGGUUCUUCUCUAUUUCGGUCCAUGCUGUUGGGUUACAGUUGUUCGACGCUGUCAACAGUGGUGCUAUUUGAAUGUAACAUCAUUUUAAUGUGCAGUGCUUACCAUGGUGACUAGUUGGCUUCAGGGCCGCCACCAGAAAUUCUGGGGCCCCUAACUCAGCUCAGGGUCUGGGCCCCCUGGGGCGUGCCUCCAAAUACCGCCCACAGGGUCCGCCUCCAAAUACCGCCCACAGGAAUACACACACAGACACAAACACACACACUGAUACAAAAGGACAGAGAUACAUACUGACACACACAUACUGAGACAUACACACAUAUACAGACACACAGGCAUACAUAGUGACAGACAGACACAUACUAACAUAAAUACAGACACACAUCCAUACACACAGGCAUACGUUCAUAAUAUGCAUUCAUACUGACAUGCAUAUAUACAUAUAUAAUGACAUACAUACAUACAUAUAUACAUACAUAGACAUACAUACAGACAGACAGACAUACAUGCAUGCAUACAGACAUACAUAGACAUGCAUGCAUGCAUACAGACAUACAGACAGACAUACAUGCAUGCAUACAGACAUACAUACAUAGACAUACAUGCAUGCAUACAGACAGACAUGCAUACAGACAUACAUACAUACAGACAGACAUACAGACAUACAUGCAUGAAUACAGACAUACAUACCUACAGACAGACAGACAGACAUAGACAUACAUACAUACAUAGACAUACAGACAGACAUACAGACAUAGACAUGCAUGUAUGCAUACAGACAUACAUAGACAUGCAUGCAUACAGACAGAGAUACAUACAUACAGACAUACAUACAGACAGACAGACAUGCAUACAGACAGACAUGCAUGCAUACAGACAUACAUACAUACAUACAUAGACAUACAUGCAGACAGGCAUACAUAGAAAUACACACACACACAGAGCUCAUUUUCCAGCCACCCUCCUGUUUCUUACCUUUUCUUUGCAGGAGGGUGGCUGGGGAUGAUUGGAGUAGUCGGCUGGCUCUCCCUCACUGCCUGGCUUGUGGUCCUCCUCUGCGGAGUGAGCUGGGAGGAAGUGACCACUGUUUUUUUUUUUUUUAAAGGGGCCCGGUCGCGCUAUUGCAUGGCCACAGCUCUGACUGUGCCCCUGAAGAUAUAGAGCCCAUCGGGUGGCCCUAAGUGCGUGGGCCACCCGAUAGGCCCCAUCAGCGUGCGGGCCCCAGUGCAAGUGCACCGGCGGCAGUUCCACCGCUACACAUGGGGCCCAUUAUGGUUGUCACCCCCUGAUGGCGGCCCUGGUUGGCUUGUAAUCAAAAGGUAUAUGUCCCUUCAAUUUAACACACUUAAACAGGACGUCACUUUUUUAUAUAGUUGUUUUUUUUUUUAAUUAAGAGCAACAUUUUUUUUUUACUUCAUGACAUUGCAGAUGUAAUUUUAUAUAAAACAUAGUAAAACAUAAAAAGGCAGAGGUUACAGCUUAAAAUAACACUGAAGACACCAUAACCACUUCAACUGAUUGAUUUGGUUAUGGUGCCUGGAUUCCAUGGAACCAUACUCAAAUACACGGAGACACACUCUCAGAUACAUGUGGACUGUAGACACACACAAUGCACAUUACCACACACUCAAGACAAACACACAGUCAGACACAAACACUGACACGAAUACCUACUUUUAGUCACCCUCUUGUGUGCAUAUAGUUUCACUGCGGCAGGGUAUUUUGCUGCAGUAGUGUGGAACUUUCUAUUGCAGUCAAGCAGCUUUCUCAUUGCUGGGCUCUGUUUGUGAUAUGGGUGUAAUUAAAGGAUCACUAUAGGGUCAGGAACACAAACAUGUAUUCCUGACCCUAUAGUGUUAAAAUCACCAUAUAGCCCACCUGGGCACCACAUGCCUCCAUAAAUAAAGCAAAAUCUUACUGUAAGCCUGAAGCUGUAGAUCUGCAUGCUGUUUGCCUAAGAAAAAACAGUCUGCUGACAUCAUCAGAAGUUGUGACUUGAUCCAAUCACAGUGUUUCCUCAUAGGAUUGGCUGUGACUGACAAGGAGGCAGAUCAGGGGCAGAGCCAGCAUGAUUCAAAUACAGCCCUGGCCAAUCAGCAUCUCCUCAUAGAGAUUCAUUGAUUCAAUUCAUCUCUAUAAGGAAAGUUCAGUGUCUGCAUGCAGUGGGAGGAGACACUGAAUGUUUGGAUGCAUUUUAGGCAGCCAUGACCCAGGAAGGAUCUUUUAACAGCUAUCUGAGGAGUGGCCAGCGAAGUUAUCACUAGGCUGUAAUGUAAACACUGCAUUUUCUCUGAAAAGACAGUGUUUACAGCAAAAAGCCUGAAGGUAAUGAUUCUACUCACCAGAACAAAUGCAAUAAGCUGUAGAUGUUCUGGUGACUAUAUUGUCCCUUUAAUAUAAAGUUACUUCCUCCUUCCCAGCAUAAUGCUGCCGGUGAUGAGUUUGUGAUCUUGGACGGGCUGUUCAAAAGCCGUGUGCUUUAGAAAUAUCUCCCCAGCUGGACUGAAUUGCAUUAAAGGGCCCCAUGUGGGUCUCGAUGUUUGUCUAGGCCCCUGAACACAUAAUGGCCAUUCAUGCUCUGAUGAUGGCCCUGUACAUUAUUAUGGUUUGUGGGAGGAGCACAACCAGGCUGUUGGCUGCUGGGGACCAAUAUUUUCCACGAAACAGUGACUAAACCGUUUGGCAAAGAUGUGGAAGCUGGCACCCAUGGACUUCAAGCAACAUAACCACUUAAAUCAGUUUAAGUUGUUAUAAAGCCUGCAAUGUUCAUUUAACUUUAAAAACACAUUCUAAACAUUAUAAUCUCUACAGCUCAAUCUCCUGGGUGGAUUAACCCUGUGAACUCAUCUUUUCUUUAAAAGCUAAUUCAUUCGAUUGUAUUUAUAUAUAGGUACAUUCCAGAAAUUAAUCAUUGAAUUAGUUAUGUGUGAAUGGAGAGGAUAUCUUUACAUAUCUCCUUCCAAAAAGUCUAUUUGUAGGGAAAGAAUUUUACAGAUUUGCAGUGUGUUUGCAGACUGUAAAACUAUUUUUUUUUUUUUACCGGUUUUGAACUUUGACUCCAUUUUACUUGUUUAAUCAUCCUCUGUGUGUUGAGAAGUAAAGUGUAUUUACCAAGCUGAUUCACCGAAUGAUUCCAAGAUUCAAAUUACUCAGUAUUUAUGAUUUAUACCGUGGCAGGUGAGAAGCACUCUGCAAGCUUAAAGGAACACUAUAGCAUUAAGAAUACAAACCUGUAUUCCUAAUGCUAUCGUGCUGUAGUCCCUAAUUAGAUUUACCCUCUGCAAACACAGUAUGUUGGAUAAUAAAAACAUGAAGGAUCAGAGGUACAUUUGAAAAGAAGAAAACACUGCAUAUGUCCUUCUGGGCUAAAUUAUUAUUAUAUCUAUUAUUACAUUUUAUUAUUAUGCUCUGUACGCAUAUACAAUACAAAGGAUUUACUAUUUGUUUAAACCCUUUACUCCCAUUACAAAUUUACAUAAGGUGCACAUUUGCACUUAUAGAGCUAGGAAUAACUUGCAACGAUAACAUGGCAUGAAGGAACAAAUAGGCAUUCUUGUACACUGUAGAUGAGAUUCUGCUCUUGUGAACUUAGUGCAUCAUUGAGAGAUUACCAGGACGCUUGAGAAUUUUUAAUUUGCCCAGGAGCUUCUUCUAUGGGGCAAUGAUGGGACUGCCCAACAAUUUGUGUUUUGAAAAUAGGAGGUGAGAGAGCUGAGCAGGAGGUGGAAGGAGCUACAGCUGUGAGAGAUGAGCAGGAAGUGGCAGGAGCUACAGUUAUCUUACCUAGAUAGAACCCAGCUGUCGAGUUUAUGAAAGUAACCUGCACGUUUCCCAUUAUUGUUAAACUUUUAUACACCACAUCUCAAUUUCAUCCCUCUAACCUAUAUCAUGAUUUGACACAUACUUUUCAAAACUCGAGGAAACUAUCAUAAUCCAGGGUGACAUGCAGCUAGCAAUGCCCAAUCACAAAGGCUGGGAAAUGGCAAUUUAUGUCUGCAAUAGACCGUUCUAAAUAGUAUGCAGAGACAGCUGGCUGAAGACAGGAGCAUAUGGCUUAAGCAGAGGUUCAUCGUCAUCUGCUGUCUUGGACCUAGAAAUAACAGACAAGAGUUUAUAUUCUAACCCAAUACAGGCUGCUACUAUUAUCAGAACUGGCUGCAAUACAGAAUUAAAUGACUAUUUAUUCAUUAACUAAUCCAAAAUAAUUAAUUAUUAGAUUAAAAAUUGUGGUUUAUGCAUUUUGACAUUAGAAUUAAUGACUAGGGUUUUUGGGUGACAAUUGAAAUGAUUAGUGAUUGCGAUGAUGUGAGAAUUGAUGCAGAUCAUGCAGGUGGUCUCAUUACUAAAAAUGGGGGAAAUAAACUCUGACUUUGAAUCGUCAGUCAGUGAUAUAUGUAUAUGGCACAUUUGGCAUAUAUUGGAAUUCUUACUACAAGCUUGGCCUAACUGCUUGUCUUCAGUGCUUAAGUUCACUAAUAGCAACAUGGAAACUAGUAAACACCCGCUGAAAUGUUUUAACAUCUACUGGAAAUACUUCCUUUGCAGACUUAAGGCUAUUAUAGCAGUACACAGAGAGCUAUUAAGUAUUAGAGAUCUUCGACAAGCAGGUGUCCACAUAUUAUUGAUCAUGUAUUGUAACACUUUAUGAUAUACUGAAAACACUUUCUCUAAGAGCCUCGUUUGCAUCCUUUAGUCUAGGUUUUCUGUUUUUAUUUUGUUCCACCUUUAUAUUUUCUUUAUUUAAAAUUCCAAAAAGUAUUCACCCACUGCCUGAUUUCCAGUAUUUUUGGACAUAUGUCAUUUUACGUGGUUUUAGAUCUUCAGAAAAAUGCAACGUAUGACAAACACAAAAUCCCCCCCCCCAAAUUUUUUUCUCCAAUCCUUUUCCAAACAAUAUAUUUUUAUGUUAACAAUGCCCUAUUUUAAUAUAAUUACGGCCCUGCACCCAAACCCUGCAAAAAGAUAAAAAAAAACACAAAACCUUACCUGACAUGCAUCGCCAGGCGAUGCUCGUAACACUGAUCUUCACUCCCCUUCCCAACGUCAGCUCUGCAGUCAUAUCACAGGCUUCUCCGAGAAAAGGGAGGUACAUUUUAUUUAAAAAAAUAAGUAAAAAUUAUUCAUCUAGCAGUGGGAGGCAGGAGGGAGCAACUACAGGGAUGAAGUAAGGGGAAAACUAGAUCCUGUAGGGGGAACAUUUUUACAUCUGUGGCCAGCAUGCUGUGUGUUUAUGACAGAUGUAAAAUAUGCACAAAAUUGACAUUAGUCAGCCUGAAACAGAGUUCUGCGCUCCCUAAGUCACGUAAACCUUGGGUGCAGCUAGCCCCCAGCACACCAUGGGAAAUAACGCUGGAUGUGCGGUGUAUCAGGCAGGAUCCUACCACCAUGACCACUUUAAAUCACUGAAGUGGUCAUGGUGGUUGGAGUAACCCUUUAACGAAAAAGUUACUCAACACUAGAUGGCUCUAUGUGAAAAAGUAAAUGGCUCCUUGGGUACUCAAUCACCAUCUUGCAGCAUUUGGCUUAACUGCACCUGAAUGGAGAUACAACUGAUUUCUCUCCUAUAUUACUCUAGAAAAGCACCAGAUUUACUUGCUAAUUGACAGAUCACAACAACUACGCCCCACGAGCUGUAGUUGCUGGGGAAGGGGACUAAAGAACAGCAUGCAGAAAUUUUUCCUACUCUCCCAUGUCACUCAAGUAUAAGAUAUAGGGCUCAAUUUAAAAUCCUGGUUCUUUCUUACAAAUCUCAACAUAACACUGCUCCAACCUACCCAUCCUACCUCUGUCCGUACUAUUACCUCUGAUGCUCACCUUCAAGACUUGUCCAGGGAUACACUGUUCCUGUGGAACUCCCUUCCCUGCUCCGUUAGACUAUCACUCAGUCUCCAUUCCUUCAAAAAAUCUUUGAAAAUGCUCUGCUUCAGGAAAGAGUAUUAAUUAAACUUUUUACAGUUUUUCAUCUCUGCACCCUGAUUCCUCUGCUGCAAUUGUCAAAAAUAACCUACUAAGCCCUCAGUGAAUACUUUUAUAGCAACUUCUUUUCUACCCUAGCCUUACCCUUUGUGUCACUAUACCCCACUACCUCUUGCAUGUAAGCUCAUUGAGCAGGGCCCUCAACCCCUCUGUUACUGUGCGUUCUACUCAUCUGGUUACAAAUACGUGUCUGUCAGUCCACCUAUUAUACAGCACUACAGAAUUUGUUGGUGCAUUAUAAAUAAUAAUAAUAUGCUUAAAUGUAAUUGACAAGUUAGUGGGGGAACUAUAUCCUUAUACAACAUUAUUGUAACGGAGCUCCUAGUACUCCAACCGAGUACCUCCGUUGAUGGAUGCUCUUAGUGCUUCCCGACUCCAAGUAUUCCACUUGACACCAUCAGUACUGCAGACCGAACCUCUCUUCCUGCAGAGAGCGAAGCUGGAACAAGCUCUUAAAAGAGCUUGGUGAUUAUAGCUAGGGGAGUAUGUAGAGUAUAGCAAUCCCCCAGUGUAGAUGCAGCCUUUUCCUCCAAAUCAUGAGACGAGGCUCUAUGUUGAGGGUCAAAACAGGAACAGAAUAACAUCGCCAGAGGGUUAAAGUUUAGCACGAGCUGAUGAGAGGUUGAGGAGGGACAAAGCAGCCAGCUUAAUUUAAAGGGCCAGAACAGUCUUUUAAACACCAAUAAGUCCAAAUAGUGUUUUUAAAGGGCCAUACACCCCAGGGCCAUAAUCAUGGGGAAGGAGGCUGGCAAUCAGGCUUCUCCAUAAGCCAGGGGAACAGGGUAGUUUGUCACAUGAAAAAACAGUGACAAAAGGCCUUUUGCCACAAUUAUAAUUUCCACUAGGACUUCCACAAUGUAAAGAUGAAAUUUAAUCUAAUAUAAGCAGUAUUACAACAGUAUGUAAAGAUGCAACUUGUGAAAAAUAAAGAAAUUAAAGUUUUUUUAAAAAUUUAAAUAAUUUAAUAUAAGCAUGUGUCUACCAUGGGGUACUUAAAGGAUCAUUGUGCACUAAAAACAACACAUGCAAUACAUACAUAUAGAUGUAUAUAUUUGUUGUAUUUAAGUCUCUUCUUGUGACAUGAAAGUGGUCCCCAACCUUUACUGAAUCCAAACACAAUCCUAUUCAUUACACCCACAGCAGGCUGGAAAAAUAUGCUGAUUCAUUAAGCCUUGAACAGUGAGAGUUUCUUGGCUGAAUAAUUGAAAAAAAACAUUCAAUUGAAAAGUACAUUCCUAAGGAGGGAAGAAAAAUGGCAAAAUCACAAACAUGCCUCAUAUGAUUAAACCAGAGUUAAAGAAACUCUAUAUUGUUAGGAAUACAAAGCUGUACUUCUUACACUAUAGUCUCCCUCUGCACUGUGCCCUGGUAAACUUCUCCCCCUGCCUGCUGGCAAAUAAAUUAUUUAAAACACUUUUUUUCACUUACCUUAUUCCAGAGCCGAGGUCGGGCUACUCCUCCUUCAAUGUCACCACGAUAGAGGAAUAUAAUCUGCAUCCGUUGUGAGUGCCGUGGUUGCAUUAGGCUUUCUUUAUAGAAAAUAAAAACAAAUAGUAGUAAGAGAGGUGAGAACGGACAACAGCUCAAUUAGCCGUUAGUUCCCUCUGCACGAGAGAUACGGCAACCCCAGACGAUUGUUUUAACCUUGUAAGGUAUCAUCAGUGAGGUAUAGUGAGGUAUAGUCAAUAUCCCUCUUGAGCAUGGGGUCCACGUCUGGAUUGCCCUUUAAGCUUAAGGAGAGAAAAACAAGUAGCAAGAGACAACAGCUCAAUUAGCCUGCCCUUUGGAGUCCCCUCUCAGAUCUCAAGCUGGUUUUAGCUCAUCUAGUGCCAUUACAGAGAGAACAUAUCUGAAGCAUAUCAGACUGGUCCCACCCUUACGGGCAGUCCAAAUCUGAAAUGCCAGCAAGUGCCCUCUGUACGAGAGAUACGGCAACCCAGACGAUCGUUUCAACCUUGUAAAGUAUCAUCAGUGCGGUAUUGACAAUAUCCUCAUAGUGCCUAGGCAAUAAUUACCUUGCAGGGUUAAGUCCGACAGCAAAUAGAGGGACUUCUGUCUAAACGAUGCUGGACGUCCUCACGCUCUGCAUGAGGACAUCCAGCGUCGCCGGAAUCCAAUGGGAAGUCUAAUGCGCGCACACGACCAUCUGGAUUCAGAUGAGUGACUGAAGGGAGGUGGGCACUGCAGGAUUUUGCAGUGCCAGGAAAACGGGUUUGUUUUCCUGGCACUAGAGAAUCCCUUUAAACUCUGUGUGAAUUGAGAAAGCAUCUUCAAGACAGCCACUAGAGGCAGUCUGAACCCUGCAAUGUAAACAUUGCAGUUUCUCUAAACCUGUAAUGUUUUAUAUUGCAGUGUUAAGGGGACAGGGACACUGUACCAAGACCACUUCAAUGGUGCAGUGUCCCUGUCCCCUUAACACUGAAGUGGUCUGGGUGCCUAAUAGUGUGUUUUAAGUUACUCAUUCCCAGACAUUUCAAGCAUGUUCCAUUAGUUAAACACACUUUAAGAAUGCUUAAUUUUAUUUUGUAUUCUGCACUUGUUGUCUCAUACAUUGAACCUUCUUUGCUAAAGUUCUAUUUGCUUUGCAUUUGGUAAACUAUUAAUUCACAUUCAAAUUUUAUUUGGGUAAUGCUGCAAUAAGCUGCAAAAAUUGCUUGUAUGUGAAUAAUACAUUAAAGUUGUGUGUAAAUUCAAAACGAGCAGGGAACAUGAAAUCUGACUUCUAAUGACAAAGUUCUGGAUUGCUAUUUUUAGAUUAUUGUUGCAUACAUGCUUACAUACAGUAGAUAUAAAUUGACUAACAGCUAGUAUGGAUCCCUCUAUGGGAACAAUAAUAUGGACUCGAUUGUGUUUUGUUAAAUAUAAGGUUUUUUGUUUAUUAACUAAAAAAUAAAUAUAGAAUAGCACAGUGCAUGGGGGCACUAAAGGAAGAACGUUGUGUUCCUCAAAGAGUCUUGGGUGAUUCCAAAAUAAACCAAGUGCUGUGCAAUAUUCAGAGCUUGCUAUAUGUUUGUGUAGUAAUAUCUUACUUGUAUCAUAUGGUAAUGUUUGUUGUAUUUUUUUCCCAGAGCGUGGUGAAGCUGAUGCGAGGGAUUUUGCACUGCAUGCUGAGACAGGUAACAGUUUAUCCUGUAUAUAUCCAAUUUCACAAAUAAAUAGUAAUUCUUUCAAAUAUAAAUGUAGAAAUCUAUAUAAUUACAUUUUCUAAAUUAUAAACUGCCAUAGUGCUUUCUGCAUGAAAAAAAGAAUCCGUUAUAGGGAGCACCAUCACCAAUUAAAAAAAAGUUUUAUUUUAUUUCAUACAUUGCUUUUAGAUCCUUUAUACAAAAAGAAAGAGUGUUAUCCAGCAAUUAAUAGAGAAACUAUUAUAACACUACAGUCCAAUUCUAAUAUUAAAGGGACACUAUAGUCACCCAGUCCACUUCAGCUCAAUGAAGUGGUCUGGAUGCCAGGUCCCUCAGGUUUUAACCCUUCACAUGUAAAUAUAACAGUUUCAGAGAAACUGAUAUGUUUUACAUUUGGGGUUAAGCCAACCUCUAGUGGCUGUCUUCCGGACAGCCGCUAGAGGCGCAUCUGCGAAGCUGGAGGCGAAUUUCUCCUCCAUCGCGCAGAGCGUCCAUAGGAAAGCAUUAAGAAAUGCUUUCCUAUGGACACUUUGAAUGUGUGCGCGGCACUUGCUGCUCAUGCGCAUUCGGCUCCAGUGAUGUCGGACGGGGGAGCUGACAUCAGUGGGGGAGGAGAGGUCACCAGCGCCGAGGGAGCCCGGUGCUGGAUUAAGGUAAAUGGCUGAAGGGAUUUUAACCCCUUCAGCGCCACGGGAGGGGGACCCUGAGGAUGGGGGCACCCUUAGGGCACUAUAGUGUCAGGAAAACCGCUUUGUUUUCCUGACACUAUAGUAAUCCUUUAAAAAAAUAAUGUAACAAUAUUCACAAAAUAACAUUAUUUUAGAUAAAAGAUAUUACGGGAAUGCCAAUACACUUAUACCUAAGGAAAACAUUCAUCACUAAUGUGCCAUAUUUCAUGUAUGGCUCAGUUCAGUUUAACUUUUGCUUUGUGACACUCUGUAGGUAGAGAAGGAUUUAGAUCCCAUGGGGCCCUAGAGAGUUUACUAGUGUGCGGGCUUCUUCAUUGUUCUAGAGCCCCUGUUUAACUCCAGUGCCCAGUGGGUGGGCACCUACUGUCACCUUCUGAUUAAUCCUGCUCUGUCUGUAGGUACCCUUCAAAAUGCAAAAUAAAUGGCAGAACCCUUAGUGAAGUGAGAGUAAAUAGAAAAUAUUUCUGGAAUACAAAAUAUUGAUGAAAAAUAAAUUACUACUUUAUGAACCUGCAAAUAAAAAUUUGAACUCUACAAUGCACACAUAUAACAUGAAUGAAAUUGUUUCUCUACAUGAAAAAAAAAGUAUCUACUGCAGACUUCACUCACCUGUUGCAAAUUAAAAUAAAUGGUCUAUCACUUGCCUUGACCCCAACACAAUUUCCAAAAAUCCCUCAAGUUAUAUUUUAUAAAUAAGAUAAAUUGUACAGUUUUCUUUGCUGUUGAUCGUGUCAUUCUUUGUGUUCGUUAGGUGGAUAAAGUGGAAAAGUUCAAACACACACAAAGUACAAAAGAUUGUCUGCAUGCCAAGUAUAACACAGCAACGUGUAGUACUAUAGUCGGGGACGACCAAUGGGGUCAUCUACAGGUGGAUGCUACCUCCCUCUUCCUGCUCUGCCUGGCUCAGAUGACGGCUGCAGGUAAAAGCCAAAUAUUAGGUUUCAGCUUGUAGCCCCCAUGCUAGGUACAAUAUUGUGUUGGGUUGGCAUUUUUUGAUUGCAGUUUUAAACUUACUCACCUGUGAACUUAGCCACCAAGUGGUGAUUCUAAUUACUUGCUGCACAUUCUUAGUCAACACAUUUGAGUUUAAUAUGUUUACCAGUUCAAUAUUUAUGAAAAUGAUACACAAUGCACAUGGCUCCAUUGUCAAGCAUUAGUAUAAAAAAAAACAGUUGGAGUGAUUUAGCAUUUUUCCUCUUUGCUUAUUGAAUGUAUUUAUUUUAAUAUCCAUCCUUUCAAUGUAGUCUGAAUGGUUCUGAUAUGUUUUAAGACAGAUGUUUUAGCACGGACAUUUGAACAUUUUUUUUUUAUUAUUAACUAACCCUGACAUAACUAACCCUGACUGUUAACCCUAACCUCUUUCCCUAAUGUCUAACCCUUACCUGAUGCAUCCUAAUUUCAUAAUUAAUUCCAACAGUUCUCAUUGCUUAUACCUAUCCUUGACCACCAAGCUAGUAACCGGUGACAUAAACCUCCAGCCUAACCAUCUAACCAAUAGAUAACCUUAAACCAUGUGUAGAAAUUGUGCUUGUUUUUUACAAAUCUGAUUAUUCUUGGGAGUAUUCAAAUAUUAUUCAGAGUAAAUCAACCUCACAAAAAUGACAACACAAGCUUGAUCUCCAGCAUUAAUGUAGUCUUCAUAACAUUAAUAGCUCAUGAAUGAAUCUGUGAAAGUGGGGAUCAGAGAGGCAAAAUCAAAAAGGUACACAAACCAAGCACCAUUAACUUUAAAUAUUACAAGAAUCCCUCUAAUUAGCCAUAUUUACCUCACCAGCUUGGAUAAAAUUGAGAAAGACUGGGCAAGUUCUUAUUUUUGUUCCAUAGCUUACAAGUAUAUCCUGCCCCAGAUUUGAUUUGAUUGUUUUCCAUGCAUUGUGGCAUAUCUGUAAUUGUGAACAUUAUCUUAAAAAUAUUAAUUUUAUUGACAAACAUUUUUUGAAAUAUGAAUUAGUCUCUCAAAUAGUGUUGUCGUAGAGAUUGUAGCUGUAUUAAUCUAGUAAUGCAAAGUAAAAUAACAGAUUAAAUUAUUACAAUAGAUAAUCGAUACUAAUUUCAUCUACAAAAUAACUUGUGAUUUGCUGGUCUUGCAUAUAGGUAAAUAUUUGCAUAGAGACAGAAAUUGCAUUAUUUGCCUCUUUUCUUUACUGUAACACGAUUUUCUAUUGUUAACUUGGUGCAGCUCGUCCAUCAGUUCUGUGGGCAAUUGUGUAGUUUAUUGUCAAGUAUUUCUCUGCAGAAAACUUUCCCUGUGUCAUGAAUCCUUCAGAGCUAGUUACAUUUAACAUGACAGCACAGAGAAUUAUGGCUUUUAUUGCUUGGAGUGUAGAGACUCCCAUGCACAGUUUCUGCAGGGAAACAAUGACUGAUCCUACUUUAUCUGUAAACGGAACUGACCCUAAAAUGCUAUAAAAUGAAUCAGUAGAAUGUUUAAUCCCACAGAUAUUAUGUGACGAGCCACAGGAUAAUCUCAAACUAAGACCUGGAUUCCAUUCUGUCCGCAAGACCCAGUCGUAAAUUCACUGAUUUCAGCUGAUAUUUUUAUUGAAUUUUGACUGGAUUUUACUCCACUCAAAAUUCUUGCAGCUGAACAUGAUAAAUGGGUCAACUGUUCUAAAAAAAAAAAAAAAAAAUGCAACAAAUAUGCUGAUUAACCCUGUUUGUCAUUAAACAAGAAAUUGAAUAAAACACUAAUACAAGGGAAGCAUUAAACCACCCCCAUGAGCCCACUCGCCGUGCUGGGAAUAGGGGCAUGUCCACUAAACAGAUAGCAACCAGUGGUUUAUUUCACGGACUGGGCAGAGGGGGACAUUAGGUCAGCCCUGGUUUAUUAAUAUUAGUGUCCCCCAUCCACCACACACGGGUGUGAGCUGGGCAUUACAUUAGGUACACAUUUAAUAAUCCCCAUCUGCCAUGGGUGGGUCAGGUUAAGAAUUAUUAAAAUCAGAGACAUCCAGGGGGCUGGGAUUUGAUAAUAUCUCUCCCCUUUAUUUUAAUUAGAACACUACCUGGUGACUGUGGGUGUGGGGGCAGGCACUAGGAUUCCCCCGUGCCCUUUUUAUAUACUAGCCCCCACUCGCUAGCUAUGGGUGGGAGUACGGGAAUGGACAGUGAUCUGUCCCCCCCACAUUUUUUACAUUGAAUCCUCCACCCAAUGCCCAUGGAUAAAAAGACGGGGAAGCAGGUAGGGACAUGUGCCCCGUUCUUUCCUGUAUGUUGUUUUUAUUAUUUAUAAAGUGCCAGCAAGUUUCAAAGCACUGUACUAUAGGUGGACUAACAGAGAAGUAUUUGCAACAAGACAAUUUGAAUGUACAGGAACAAAGGGUGUUGAGGGCCCUGCUCAAACAAUCUUACAUUCUAGGCAUGUUAUUAGUAACUACUAGGCAGCAAUAACUGCCUGGUCGCUAGUAUUUUAUGACCAUACAAAAGUAACAAUGUAAAAUGUCCUUGCAUUAAAAACAUUGAAGGGUUGAUUCAGGCUUAUUCUUCAGCCUUAUGUAAUGGUAUAAGCUAAUUCUACACCGUUGAUAAUUAUUUUGAAAAUGAGUUUGUUUUUUGCUUCGUGUGUUUUGCACAUUGGAGCAUGUCACUUGAACGUCUGUUUACUAAACCAAAAAUUGUUGAAUUGCAGAGUUUACUCCAUUAAAAUUAAUCCAUUGGCUAUUAUUGCGUAAACUUGCAAGUUCCUCACAUCUGCGAGUUUAGACCAUAAAGCUCAUUGUGUCUGUCGUCGUAAAGAAACACACGUUAAAAUUUGUAGAAGAAAUGUAUCAAGUUCUGUGCUACCUAAGAUAAUAACCAUGGAUUUUAUUUUACAUUCUUCAGGACUCCGUAUUGUGUUUACUCUGGAUGAAGUGUCCUUCAUACAGAACCUUGUAUUUUAUAUUGAAGCUGCUUAUAAAGUUGCUGUAAGUAUAUCAUCCCAAAUGUGUAUAUUCACAUAAAAAGAAUACAAAGGUCAGCAGUUGAAACAGAAGAAAUGUACAAAAUGUCCUUGAAAAUUUCAAAAACUUCAUGUAUCGGCUCAGAUUUUUUACACCAACAGAUAUCUACACAUCUGCAUUCACUUCUGUACUUUGACCAAUCUCUUCAUUUUCAUUAAGUAUGUAUUGAAACUCUGUAACUACUAGCAAUGUUGCAAAUGUAUAUCUCCUAAAUGUAAUAUGCAUACCAUCAUUUCAUAAUGAUACAGAGAUUAAAGAGGUAAAUUACUUGUACAUACCUUUUACUGAAAUUCAAGAAAUAGCAUGACAUUCAAAAUGUUUCAUCUUAAAGGCUCCACCAGCCAAAAACAAAUGAAAAUAUUUCAAAAACACUAUUUAGUAACUAUACCCCAAAUGAAAACAUGCAUACAUUUUAAUUAUGCAUUUUGUUAUUGGAGGUAUAUUUAAAAAUAGCUUCCAGAAAGCCUUUUUUGUGGGUAGUGGUACUUUAAAUAUCACUAUAACCUUAUGAUCUCCCUUCCACAAGCGAUUUUCUGCUGAGGAAUUCUGAAUUUAUUUCCAGACAAAAAAUGUAAUGGAAAAUAUUGUGUUGCAGCAUCAUAUACAGGGUGACAUGAAGUCCCCACAUUGAUAUUGCUGUAACAAACUAGCAUCUGUUACACGAUCAUAGCACAUACCCUGACCAACUUACUGGAUCAGUCUUUUAAUACUUUACAAGGUGGCCCAAUUCUUAUAGUAUAAUUGUUGAUUAUCUAAAAGGAAUUUAAGGGGCACUAUAGUGUCAGGAACACAAACGUGUAAUCCUGACAGUAUAGUUCUAAAACCACCCUUUAGGUGGUUGGCCACCCUUACCUCUGGUGAGAAAGGUGAUUUACUCACCUUUUUCCAGCGCCGUGUGGGGCUCCUUGCAUCUGACCACAGCGCACCCUUUGACUGACAUCAACAGAAUUGCCAUAGGAAAGCAUUGGAUUGGCUGAGAUUGUCAAUUCUGAUGAUCUCAGCCAAGAAGGUGGGGAAGGGGACGCCACCAAAUGCUGCCCUGGCCAAUAAGGAUCUCUUCCUAAAGAUGCACUUGAGCACCUCAAGUGGUCUUUUUGAGGAGUGGCCACAAGAGUUGUCUCUAGACUGUAAUGUCUCUGAAAAGGCUGUGUUUACAUUAAAAAGCCAGCUGUAUUUGUUCUGGAGGCUUUAGUGUCCUUUUAAGCUUUUUUUAUGAAAUUACCUCAAAUCAAUAUCUAUUGAUAUAAUCUUAUUAAGAUAGUGGAUCAAUGAUUUAUAUUCCUACACAAGAUGUAGCCACAAAAGCAAUCCACACACAUCUAAAUGAUUAACACAACAAAGCUUACAGUAAAAAUUACAAUGUUGUAGAUUAAAGCAUUACAGACAAUUCACCUAUUGAGGAUGAUGUACAAAUGUACAAUACAGUAAUGCAGGACCUUUAAAUGUACACUACAAUACUUGUCUCAGUGAUUUCUUUCAUAUUAUGUUUUUCUCAGGAUUAUGGAAUGUGGGAAAGAGGAGACAAAACAAACCAAGGAAUUCCAGAACUCAAUGCCAGCUCUGUGGGAAUGGCCAAAGUGAGAGCACGUUUUAUAGUAUUAACACUGGGCUUCAUUCACUAAACGGUGAAUUGUGUUGAAUUACAAAUUCACUCUAAAAUAUCCAAGAUGUGAGCAUGGCCUAAAUUUCACAAUCCUUCCAAUUCAAUACAAUUCUCAGUUUAGGAUAUAAACCGUUUAUAUUUAAAACCUAAAAUAUCAAGAUUCACUGCAUGGCAACAGUGGCUCUUGCUUACUUGUGUUAUUGUCACAUAUUAUCGGUAUCGGACAACAUGUUAAUAUACACCAUGCCAAAAAUCAUAUUGAUGGUUGUGGAAAACCAUAGUAACCACACAUACUUAUCACUGGUCUAUUGACUACGCUUUUCAUUUUGAUUGAUAGAUUGAUGGCAGUUAACAACCCAGGCACUAAAUUCAAUAAUAAAUCCUUCUAAGUAUGCAAUACUUCCUCUUUAUUUCACAAGGUCUGGGAUCCGUGGCCUAGUUAUAAAGAAAGCCAUUAAACAUGAUCACAGAACGGGGUGUAUGCUCCCCAAUAGUAACGUAUAAACAGGGCCGGCCUUAGGGGUGUGCGAGCUGUGCGACCGCACAGGGCGCCAUGGAACAGGGGGCGCCCUGUGGCCGACACAGCUCACUCAUGGCCGGAGUGCAGGGGAGCUAAAAGAGGUACCUGGCUGGAGGAUUAAUUAUUCUCCACCCGGGUCUAUUUAAAAAAAAAAAAAAAAAAUCGCGGCAGAGGGGGCGGGGUUUACCGAGCGGCGGAGGCGGGGCUUAUCGAGAGGCGGAGACGGGGCUAAUACCUCCCGAAGCCCCUGCUGUACAGGAAGAGGGAAAGAUGCUUCCCCAUCAGCCAACUGCAUCCACUGGAAAGAGGUAAGUGUGUGUGUGUGACUGUUUGCCUGUUUGUGUGACUGUCUGUCUGUGUGUGUGUGUGACUGUCUGUCUGUGUGACUGCCUGCCUGUGUGCGUGUGACUGUCUGUGUGUGUGUGUGACUGUCUGUGUGACUGCCUGUCCUUGUGUGUGUGUGUGUGUGUGACUGUCUCUGUGUGUGACUGCCUGCCUGUGUGUGACUGUCUGUGUGUGUGACUGUCUGUCUGUGACUGCCCAUGUAUGUGACUGCCCAUGUAUGUGACUGCCUGUGUGUGUGACUGUCUGUCUGUGUGACUGUCUGUCUGUGUGACUGCCCGUGUGUGUGACUGCCUGUGUGUGUGAGACUGUCUGUCUGUGUGACUGUCUGUGUGUGUGACUGCUGUGUGUGUGUGACUGCCUGUAUGUGACUGCCUGCCUGCCUGUGUGUGUCUGUCUGUAACUAUCUGUCUGUGUGUGACUGCCUGCCUGUGUGUGUGACUUUCUAUCUGUGUGACUGCCUGCCUGUGUGUGUAUAACUGUCUAUGUGUGUGUUACUGUGUGUCUGUCUGUGUGUGUGACUGCCUAUGUGACUGUCUGUCUGUGUGUGUCGCUGUAGCUGUGCCAUUGUUUGUGCCUGUGCCUGUAUGUGUGACUGCCUUUAACUGAGUGUGUGUGUACAUGCCUGUAACCGAGUUUAAAUUUCCCCCACCCCUUCCUGUCAAGGCCGCACUUUGACUGACAGACGCUCACUCACUGACAGACGCACACUCACUGACAGACACACACUCUCAUAUACACUGACAAACAAUGACAUACACACAUACACUAUUACUUGGACACACACUGACAGAUGCACACUCUCACUGACAGACGCAAGCACUCACUGAAAGAUGCACGACUCCACUGACCGACACAUACACACUGACUGACACACACUCACUGACCGACACACACUCACUGACCUACACACUCACUGACCUACACACUCACUGACCACACACACUCACUGACGACACAUACACACUCACUGACGACACAUACACACUCACUGACUGACACAUACACACUCACUGACUGACACAUAUACACUCACUGACUGACACAUAUACACUCACUGACCAACACACACAUUCACUCACAGACACACACACAUUCACUUACAGACACACACAAUUACACACUUACAGACACACACACACACACACACACACACACACACACACACAUUCACUUCAAAAUAAACACUCACAGACACACACACAGACAUUUCCACUAACACUCACAAACUAAUAUUUUUUACAUUUAUUUUAAAUCCACCCAGCCUCCCUGGGAAAGCUGGAGUGGAUUUCUUACCAGCAGUCCAGUGUGGCUGCUGGGCAGGCAGGCAGGGGGCGCACAGGCUGAGUAAGCAGCGCUUAGUGAUGCCGGGAGCCAGACUGACGUCAUAUUCUGGCUCCCGGCUUCAUUAAGCGGCGCAGAGGAAGCUGAGCAGGAAGAGCUCAGGUGAGUAUGCUCCUUCGCUGCCCGCUGCCAGCCUUGGGGGGGCUCAAAAGUGGCCAGCCGGUCAGCUCUUGAGCCCCCCAGGAUGCGAGGCAAGCAAGGGAUCUGCCUGGGGGUUUGGAGGGAUGCUUUUUUUUGCCGCCCCCUGCAAAGUGGCGCCCAAGGCAGAUGCCUUGUUUGCCUCGUGAUACACACGUCCCCGGUGCCUGUGUGUGUUACUGUAUUCAGGCAACUUGGUGGGAGGUGGGGGGGGCGCCGUGAAGACUUUUUGCACAGGGCGCCUAAUUGCCUAAGGCCGGCCCUGCGUAUAAACAUCUUUGUAAUAUAUGCAAUGUUACAAAGAAAAAAAUAAUAGCUGCUGUACAAUGAAUUCAGCUAAACUGUUUUGGUCUAAAAGGUUUCUUCUUCACAAUUCAUUGUUUUAACACCUUCACUGCCAAGUUCUUUGCACGCAAAUGGCCAACAUAUUUUUUUUUUAUUUUUUUUUUCUGGAAAGGAACUACUAAUAAAUAGCAAAUUAUAUGAUGUCAAGUGGCACUAUCUUUAUUGACCAUUGGCUUACAAACAGUAAAACUACUAACUACAAGUUAUUCAAAUAUUGAAAGAUGAGUAUUCAAGGCAUAUGGGUACAUGCAUUUGCCAUCUGGGAAGGAGUUAAAAAAUAAACUUCUUAGGCAUUCUAUUAUAUUGUCUUAGUUUUUAUUUUUUUUAUUAACUUUGUGACUAGUUCAAAACAUUUCCUUAUUUUCACAUUUCCUUAUUUUCAUGUGUAUUUGAAGGCUGCACUGGAAGCUAUAGAUGAACUUGACCUGUUCGGAGCCCAUGGUGGACCAAAAUCCGUAAUUCAUGUCCUACCUGAUGAUGUGGAGCAUUGUCAAGUAAGUUGAAUUUGAUUUAAUUAUAUAUUUCCUUAGCGACUGAACUAUGAAUAUUAUAUGCCUUUAUAUUUUUAAUUAAAUGAAGCAAUUGAUCAAUAGGUUUACAGCAACAUCAUCAUAUCUGACAAGUAAAAAGCGAAAGAGUAACAGACCACAAUGCAAUUAAUGAAUAAAAUAAUGAAAUUGUUUUGCAAUCAUUAAAUGUCCUUACCAUACAAGAUACAUCAGUAAAUCUGUAAAGUGUUUACUAGCAAAUGAUAGAUGUCACCAUGCACAAUAUUAUAGCAUAUCAUUAUUAAUAUUAUUUGUAAAGCACCAACCAAUUCCACAGCCCAUGUAACGGGUAGAGAAAAUAUAAUAUAAUAUAAUAAGAAAUUGAGACAAAUGUUUGUUUUUUUUUAAAUUAAUUUUUAUAAAUAAUUGCUUAAAGGAACAUUCCAAGCACCAUAAACACUUCAGCCGUCUGUAGGGGUUAUGGUCCUGGAAAUGCCUUUGAGCUCCCCUGUUGUAAAGUGUCAAACUCUUUUGAACUAUUUGACUUCUUACUAGGGUCUUCUGGGCACUGUUCUCUGCCUCCACUUCCAACGCCGGAGAGCUGGAAGUUCCUAACCUGGAAUCCCUAGCCCUGUAAAUAAUGCUUGGGAACAUUGUUGGUUGUUGAGACAGGGAGCAGAACCUGAUGGAUCCCAGGUCAGAAGUCAAACUUUUUAUAAACAGUUUGACUCACUCCUUACAAUGGGGGACGCAAAGACACUCCCAGCACUAUAGCCACUAAAGCUAGCUGUAGUGAUUAUGGUGAUUGAAAUGUUUAUUUAAUCUUUUUUAUGUGAGGUUCUUCAUUUUAAUAAAUUGCUGUGUACUUUUCCCUACUCCUAUUUUAAUAAGAUUUUCUGAUGGGAGGGAUGGUAAGUCUGUUGCAGAAUGUACUUCUUUAUUUGCAUGGGUUAAGAAUCUAAACAUGAAAUGUUAAAUAUAAACUAUGUGUUUUAAAGUUAAAGUAGAUGUAAAAAACAGAUAAAAUGCGUAUCUUGUAAUACCUUUUUUAUUGGACUAACAGAAUUUUUUAAUGACAUGCUUUCGGAAGAACCUCCCUUUCUCAAGUCUGAGCAGGAUGACACAUAGAAUUCAAAGUUGAGUUGUGAUACAGGGGUUAAAGCAAAAUGAGUGUAGAUAAGACACAGGUUUGUUAGAAAAUAGACACAAUUUUUGCAGAGGGUCCUAAAUAUCUUUCUGAAGAGCAGAGUGAGGGGGGAGAGAGGGAGAAGAAAAACAAACAAGCAGAAAGAGCAGAAGAUGGUGCACUUUAUACAUACACACACACACACACAUAAAUAUGUAUAUGUGAAUGCACAAACACAUGUACAUAUACAUAAACACAUAUACAUACAUGUACAUGAACUAAUAUACACAAAUAUAAAUGCACAGUUAUAUAUGUAAGCAUACAUGCAUAUUACUUUUAUAUAUUGAUAGAAUAAACAUAUUGGAAUGCGUUUUAAAGUGUUGAUACAUAUGACAGAACACCAUCCUUGUAACCAUGGAUGUGGAAUCUCUAUACAGCAAUAUUCCACAUACAGAUGGCAUCAAUGCUUGCUUCCAUUUUCUCUCUCAUGUCAACAACCAAAAAUACAGCUACAAAUUAUCACAGAACUGGCACUAUUUAUCCUCACACAUAACUACUUCAGUUUCAACAAUGAGGUUUACCUACAAACCAUGGGCACUUCUAUGGGCACUAAGAUGGCACCCCAAUAUGCUAAUCUGUUUAUGGCAGAUCUUGAACAGAGAUUCCUAGAAAUACAACACACCAAACCAUACAAAUAUUAUUGCUAUAUCGAUAAUAUCUUCAUAAUUUGGACUGAAAGUGAAAAAAAACUGAUACAGUUCCAUGACUCUUUCAACACAUUCCAUCCAUCAAUCAAACUAAAAAUGGAAUAUUCCACUAAAUCUGUGAAUUUCCUGUACACCACUGUGACAUGUAACAAUGGCACAAUCCACACCUCGGUUUACAGAAAACCCACAGACAGGUGCAGUUACCUACACAGCUCCAGCUUCCACCCCUCCCAUACUAAACAGGGCAUCGUCUACAGCCAAGCCACUAGGUACAAUCGCAUAUCCUCUGAUCCUAAUGACCGUAAUUCCCAUCUAAAUGUACUCUCCCAAUCUAUGAGACAGAAAGGCUACAAACCAAAGACUAUUACCAAACAAAUCAACUCUGCUGUAAAAACUCCACGCAUGCGCCUGCUACAGUACAGAGAGAAAAAAAUAUCUACACGAGUGCCACAACCAAUAUUAACAGAAGAUGAGACUCUGAAAAACAUUUUCCCUGAAACACCCAUUUUGGCCUUCAGACAACCACCAAACCUCCAACAAAAAUUAAUCAACAGGAAGCUGCCCACUGAUGGUAAGAAUUAAGAAAAUGGUACCAGUCAAUGCAAAAUACCUCGCUGCAAACUGUGUCAACACAUAUGCACAGACAACACAGCUACACACAACAAUAAAACCUACAGCAUUAAAGGUUCACACUCCCGCACAUCCAGCAAUGUGGUAUACAUGAUUCAAUGCACCAAAUGCCACCUAGGAUGCUACAUUGGGGAAACCACCCAGCCAUUAAAUGGUAGAAUGAAUAUGCACAGACACUCUAUUAAACACCACAAAGAAGAAUCCUACUGCACUCCUGUGGGACACCACUUUACCCAGCCUGGCCACUCACUGAAGGACCUAAAAAUCAAAGUACUGAAAGGGGUUUUUAAAAAUACCCAGGAAAGAAAAACUUUUGAAGCCAGAAUGAUUAAAUGGUUUAACAGCAAGAAUAGAGGACUAAAUAUUGAUUUGGGUUUCCUGUCCCACUACCAACACUUUACAUGAACACUCCCCCACAUUAUCUUACUGUCUUGUCAUAUGUAUUUAAAACACAUUCUAAUAUGUUUAUUCUAUCAAUAUACAAAGUACUAUGUGUAGACCUAUGCUUUCCCAUACUCUUAUGCAUGUAUGCUUAUAUAUAUAUGACUGUGCAUUUAUAUUUGUGUAUAUUAGUUCAUGAACAUGUAUGUAUAUGUGUUUAUGUAUGUGUAUAUGUACAUGUUUGUGCGUUCACAUAUACAUAUUUAUGUGAGUGUACAUGUAUAAAGUGCACCAUCUUCUGCACUGUCUGCUUGUUUGUUUUUCUUCUCCCUCUCUCCCCUCUCACUCUGCUCUUCAGAAAGAUAUUUACGACCCUCUGCAAAAAUGGUGUCUAUUUUCUAACAAACCUGUGUCUUAUCUACACUCAUGUCGCUUUAACCCCUGUAUCACAACUCAACUUUGAAUUCUAUGUGUCGUCUUGCUCAGAAAUGCUUUAGACUUGAGAAAGGGAGGUUCUCCCGAAAGCUUGUCAUUCAAAAAUUCUGUUAGUCCAAUAAAAAUGUAUUACAAGAUACAAAUUUUAUCUGUUUUUUACAUCUACAUCACUGGACUAAUACGGCUACACUCUCUACUUAAAGUUAUAGUAUCUGGACUUUGUGCUUGUUGUUUUAUAGUCUAUCCUUUACUCCAUGCUGCCACGAGCUUCCACUUCAAAGGAGAUUGAUGCUGGUCUCCUCUCCAUCAUUUCAUAUCCAGCAUUUGCCGUAGAAGAUAUGGCCCUGGUCAAUGUUACCAAGAAUGAAAUCAUCACAAAGCUUCAAGUAAGAUUCAAUUUAAUCUUCACAUAUUCUUCAUUAUUUACUUUACAUUGGUACAGAUUUUAUAUAUUCUUUCAAUUAGUUUAAUUUUACUUAUAAUGAUGCCUAAUCAAUCAUAUCACUUCCAAAUCAGGGUUAGCCUUUACAUUGUGUGAAUAGUUUAAUAACUACAAGUGAUCAGUUCAGGUUUAAGAGGCCUAGUUAGCCUGCACAUCAGAGAUUUCUAUAAAGUGGUAUGUGCAUCUGUUAGUGUUCUUUAAUUUAUAUCUACGUAUGUGAGAUCUUCUGCUUUACCCUCCUCGUCUUUCCACCCACAGUUAGAGUAUGAUACUGUGUAAGUAACAUUAUAAAGAAUGCAGAAUCUAUGUCUACUCUAGAAACUGAGAUGCAUCAUGCUGAGAACACCGAAUGCCAGCCUUGGCACGAUUUUACAAAUCCACGCUUCUGAAUUCUCCAUAACUUAUUUUAGCAUGGCUCUUUAUAUAAUUUUGCUGAUUUUUUUUUUUUGUCUUCUUUUUAAUUUAGGGGAAAUAUGGCUGCUGCCGUUUUCUCAGAGAUGGUUAUAAAACACCAAGAGAGGUAAAAACAACAAUCAUUAAUUACCAUUAUAAUUUGUGACAUACCAAAUAUAUUAAAAAAAUAGAGAUCACUGUGUGCUUAGCCAUUGUGAUAUAUCCAUACAUCAAUAUUGGCAUAAAAGAUGCAUUUUAUUCCCGUUUAAAAAAAAAUAAAAAUGUUUUGCUUUGUUUUUUUUUAAUUCAACAUUUUAUUGAUGUGUGUAGUUUAUACAUGCAUAAAGGUUUUUAAUGAGAAGAGACUACAUGGACUGCACAUCUAUGCAUGUUUUUAAAAAUAUGCAACUGAAUUAUGUUCUAGGAUCCAAACCGAUUGCACUACGACUCCACAGAGCUCAAAUUAUUUGAGAAUAUAGAAUGUGAGUGGCCAGUGUUCUGGACUUACUUAGUGAUUGAUGGAGUUUUCAAUGGAGACAAUGUUCAGGUAAUGAGAAAAACCUGGUAGACAUGAAUUUAAUUGUAUCUAUAUAAUUUGCAUAGUUGCUUAUUUAUUAUGUAUAUUGUGGUGUAUAGAGUUAUUAAAUAUACCUGGGCACAUGUUACAGGCCCAGCAAAGUCUGACAUGAUCGAAAAUAAUGUCAGAUUGCAUUAUUGAUGGGUAAAAACAUAACCGUGCUUUUUCCUAUAAUAAAUUAGUAACUUAUUGAGUUACUGUGUUGGAAGAGAAAGUUGAACACAAUUAAAAGAACUUAAAAUAAUACACCAUUACCCAAAUAUUGUAGAGUAGUGAGGUAUAAACAUUGCAACUGUCUGUUUGGUGUGAAUUAUAUAGUACAUAAUCAAAACUCAAAGUUUCUACUUGCCAGUAGCCAUUGGCAAGUGAAAGUUUAGCCCUUGUCAGUGGUAAAUUCACAUUAUGUUUGCAUAAACAUUUCAAAUGAUUUUUAAAAAAAAAUAUAUUAAAAUAUAAAAAAUAAAAAUAAAAUAUCAUAUCACUCCUGAGACCAUAACUACUAUGGUGCGCUGCAGUGGUUAUUGUGCAUGGGGUGUUCCUUUAACACUAGAGAAUGGCAGACCUAUCCAGAUAACAGCACCCAAACAUUUUAACCAAGGUACAUUUCUGAUAAAGCAUUGAAUUGCUGUAGCAUGGGUAGACAACCUUCAUGCACUACAGAUGUAGUCCACAAUAUCUGGGGUGCUGAAGGUUGCCUGCCCCACUGUUAGAGGAUGUCUCUAUCUUGUGAUUAUAUUACUAAUUCUGGUAUGUAAACUAAUCACCCUUUCAGUUUCUAUGUGUAAUGUUUUGUCCUAUAUUAAAUUAACAGGCUUUUGUCAAUCAAUGUUAUGCUUUAUUUUUUUAUUCUUCUCUUCAAUAAAUGUGCUUUUUGUAUUUAAUUAUGUAGUAGUCCGCAACAUAUCUUCUUACCUAAAUUCUCUAUGUGGGCAAGUUGCCACGUUUUACCAUUAAAUUGUGAAUAGAUGAGUUAAGGAUAAUACACCAAGGCCUUGAUGUAAUAAGCUUUGUAAAUGAUUCAAUACUGUUAACAAAACGUUCCAAAUAUUAUAUCUACAACAAUUCCCAGUUAUUCGAUUUUAAUGGUGUCUUCUGUAGAUUAAUCAGUAGGAAUGUUUUUCUAAUAGUAUUGAAUUAUUUGUAAAGCUUACUAAAAAAAUCAAGGCCCAUGUAAGGAAAUGCUAUCUUAUUAAAUAUUUGUGUUUCGUGCCUAAGGUGCAAGAAUACAGGGAGGCUUUGGAAGGAAUAGUUAUUAGAGGAAAGAAUGGCAUUCACCUUAUUCCAGAACUGUAUGCUGUCCCAUUUAACAAGGUAAUACACCUGUUAGACAAAUAUGAAUAAUGUAUUUCUGUGCUUUAGUAUAAUGUAUAUUAUACAGUGUCAUUGUUUUUUUUUUAUAUUCUUUAUUUUUAUUGUGCAAUUAAGUACAAAUAGGCUUGUGAUGACAGCAUGUACAAGCCUGGAAGUUACUUACGUGUGAAUACAUUGCCUUGGCAGGAGAUAAAUGUACAUUUUUAAGAUAAUAGUGAAUUUAAAGGACCACUAUAGUGCCAGGAAAACAUACUCGUUUUCCUGGCACUCUAGUGCCCUGAGGGUGCCCCCACCCUCAGGGUCCCCCUCCCGCCGGGCUCUGGGGUGAGGGAGGGGUUAAACUUACCUCUUUCUCCAGCGCCGGGCUGGGAGCUCUCCUCCUCCUCUCCACCUCAUCUCCUCCUCUUCGGCUGAAUGCGCAUGCGCGGCAGGAGCUGCGCGCGCAUUCAGCCAGUCCAUAGGAAAGCAUUCACAAUGCUUUCCUAUGGACGCUGGCGUCUUCUCACUGUGAAAAUCACAGUGAGAAGCGCAGAAGCCCUCUAGCUGCUGUCAAUGAGACAGCCACUAGAGGCUGGAUUAACCCAUUUAUAAACAUAGCAGUUUCUCUGAAACUGCUAUGUUUACAGCAGGCAGAGUUAAUCCUAGCUGGACCAGGCACCCAGACCACCUCAUUAAGCUGAAGUGAUCUGGGUGCCUAUAGUGGCCCUUUAAUAUCAAGCAAAAACAGCCUAGACUAACUUGUCUGUAUGGAGAUCAGGUGCUGUUCGUGUUAACAAAGAAAGCUAGUUAGUCAUGGAUAUCGUAUGAGAGUAAGCAUAUAGAUGUUAAUACGAAGACCUAAAACAAUAUUGUGUAGACUAAAUGAAAAUAAUUAGUUGCUUUAAUUCAGACUGAACAUGCUGGGCUAUAAGGUAGACAGAGUAAACUUGCAUAUGAUUUUCUAUCUAGUCAUAAAGAUUGUCAUGUGGAUAGCAUCAGACAUAUUGUUCAAAAAGGAACCACUGUUUUUAGGUCACUGUAACAUUACCUCAGGAGCCUCACCAUAAACAAGAAUGUAUUUAGAGUAUACAGAUGAUUAUAAAAUUAAAGCUGAUAACUACUAUUGAACUGAGCCAGAUUAAAGUAAAUAGAAUUUGGGUAGUAAGGGCUAUAUGUAAUUGAGAGUCCGAAGUCAACCUAUUCCCUCACUCAGAGGAAGCAUGCUGAAGGUCGGGAGUACAUUGAUGAGGUCGACUGCGCUGUGGUGAGGUCUGGCAGCCCUGUUGCCCCAGGCCAAAAGAAAGACUGGCAUCCUUGUUCCGCGGAAUAGUGGAGACCGGGAUGACCCCACGGGACACCACAGGAUCUCAGCGGGGAUGUAAUGCCAAGCAGGACAGGAGAACGGCCGCCUCUCCCGCUUGGUGCACUCACUAGUGACACUGUUAUUUCUUUUGAGUAGACCACUCUUCAUUUUCCAGAUAAAAUAAGUCUUAUGUUGAAUUUUGUAAUAUUAGGUUUAUUUUACUGGCCAUAUACUCCCAAUCUCAGUUUUUUAAUGAUUUAGUUGUUUUAAUUAGCUGGUCAGUAUGCUUAGUAAUAUGCUUAACAGAAAUGACAAUACAUAUAUUUAGCUUAGAAUGCUGCCAAACAUAGGUUUUGUAAUGAUUUGCCGUUCUUUGCUUUGCUCUCAGAUUGAUGAAGAAUAUCACAGCCCACAUACGGUUGACCGUGUUUCUUUGGGAAAGACACCACAUAUGUGGGGACAGUCUCUCUACAUCCUGGGAUCACUUUUAGCUGAGGUAAUAUCUGUAAGCCAUUAUAAGUGAGCUAUGUAAUUAUUUAUGGAACAAACAUGGAACUAUGGCUAACAUGUCUAUGGAAAUGCCUGAAUUUGAAGGACAGGAAGUAAGCUUUAAUAUUAAUAAGCCCACGUGUACAUUAUUGUGAAAUUGCCUACAUGUGUGGCAUAGGCUGCAAACUAUAGUUAAACCCUCAGGUAUCAACUGCGCAUUAUUUUUCCCAAGUGACUUGGUAGCAGCUUUUAAAAAAACAACUGUCAGAGAAUUUUCUGAGUUGUCAGUUUUACAUUUAAUUAAACUUAAAAGGACUCUAUAGUCACCAGAACCACAACCGCUUAAUGUAGUGGUUCUGGUAGUGGUUCUGGUGUCUAUUGCCUGUCCCUGCAGGCUUAUUAAUAUAAACACUGCCUAGGAACAUCUCUAGGCUGAACAUUCCCCAUAGAGAUGCAUUAAGAUGCUGAUUGGCGCACCCUGGCGUUUUGCCGCUUAUGCACAAUUGCUUCCCAAUGCUUUCCUAUGGAAAAAUAUUGGGGUGGGUGAGAUCAACAUGUUUAGAUGAUCUCAGCUAUGGAGGCGGAGUCAGCUGUGGAGAGACCGGUGCAGUGUGGGAGAAAAGAUAAGUUUAAAAACAUUAUUUCUCCAGGUAUGUGGCACCGGACACCCAAAUAGCUAGUUUAACACAAUAGUUUCAGGAAUAUGUGUGUGUUCCUGACACUAUAGUGUUCCUUUAACUAUAUUUUAUAAUGCAGAUUGAUAUAUUUUUUUAUCUGGCUGAGCAGCCAUGUUGGGUCAGAGUCUACAGUUAUACGUGAUUUUUUUCUUCAUUAACUGUAAUAAACUUUAAACAACAAGAAGUGAAAAAUUGAUAACUGAUGUCCUUUAAAACCACAGACAACAGUUACACACUUUUUAUACAAUAUUCAUACACCUGUCGUGAAUUCUUCCCAUCAUUAAAUCCUGUGUUCUACCAUAUUCUGGGCUCUUUAAUGAAGAUCUUUGCAAUGUUAUGCACAACUAGGUCUUCCACCACCUAAUUUGCAUUACAUCUUUUCACAGAUAUUCUGAGCAGUCAUAAUGUGAAUAUUUUAUUUGGGUAUUUAGUUUCACAAAUACAUCAACUUGGAGUCCAUUGUGCAGUAAUAAACAUGUUAAGGAAGGCUCUCCUAAAAUAUCAGUUCGUUUGUUUCAUGAUAGUUUCUGCAUCGUUAGGCAUUUAUUGAGGGGACAAGGAGAGUAAAGGCAGGGAGAUACAUCAGGAAGUAGGCAGACAAAGGUGGGAGGGGGAAUAUACUAUGGUUAUGGAAUCACACUAGGGUUGGGGAACACAAUAGAUGGUGGGAAGAUACUCAAAUAGAUUGCUGAGACAUACGUAGGGAAUAAUAGAGCACAGACUAGAAGGAGAGAGGCUGGGGAUGGGAAUCAAAGGAUGAAUUGAGAAACACAACUACAAUGCAAAAAAGAGAUGAGACAUGGCAGGAAGGUAAAGCCUGGUUAUAGCCAGUAGAGACUGUUCGCACCAACAAAUGUUAUUUCCAGGAAAGAUAACAGGACGAUUAGAGCUCAUAGUUUAUAUUCAUGUUUCCAGAUGAGUACUGUAGGGGGAAAAGGCACAGCUCUAAUAAUAUAGUGUGUUAUCAUGGCUCACAAACCGAUCCUCAUUCAACCAUCAGCCAACUUUACUGCUCCCAAGAAAUGUAAUAUACAGCCGAUUCUUCAGUCACAAUCCUGGUGUAUUGAAAUCGACUUCUUUUUAUAGUUUUUCAUUAGUAAUAUCACAGAAAAUGACUUUUCUCUAACACACCCUUCUAUAUAGGGAUUCCUUGCCCCAGGAGAAAUUGACCCUCUGAACAGAAGAUUCUCAACAGCUUUUAAACCUGAUGUAGUCGUCCAAGGUUAGUCCAGAAAAAAUAUUUGUGUUUGUGUAACAAUGUAAACUGUUUUUCACUGAGACUUGAAAAUGCUAAAGGGGAACGCUUACUUCUUUGAAUAUUACACAAUUGAGUAAAGCAUUAUAAUUAUCAAUAACUUUUCAUGUGAUGCUCCAUUUAUUUCAAAACACUAUAGUGAGGAAUAAAAAAUAAACACAAAAGAGGUUGAUUUAUACAUUUAAAACAUCCUCGUACAUAUCAUUUUUAAUUGAACAAAACUAAUUAAAUCAUAACUAAUAAAGACAAUUUACACUGCAGCAUGUCUAGGCCCCAUCUCUCUCAUAUAAUGAUAAAGCUUUUCCCAUGUAUUCAUUUUCUUAUUAAUAUUCCUUUAACAUUUAGCUAUCGACAUCACAAUCCAUAUUGGUCAAGACAAAGCCAUUCAUCACAUUAGAAGAGAAAUAUUAAUUCUGUUUCUCCUCCCUUCUCUGUGCUGUCUCCCUUCUCUGUAUAACAAUAAUUGACAGGAAAAGAAAAUGGAGGCUCAGUUACAACAUACAGCUAAAUAUGGCAUAUGGGUUUAGUUUAAUUUUUAAAUCUUACAAACACAUAUAUUUGUUAAAUAUAGCAGAAAAGUAAACGUACAAUUGGAAAAAAAAACAUAUCAUGCAGUUGAUUGCAGUAUAUUUGUGGGUGGUCCAAAUAUACAUAUGAUUAUUCCGUUUUCCUUUAUUGUUCAUUCUAACGGUUUUCUCAUCCUCCCAGCAGUGAAAGGUUAUACAGGGUCAGAGGGCGAGAUAUUUUGGAUGCCCCACCACUUCCUCUCUUGACUCAAAAAAUAUUUUUCUGAUCUUUGUCCAACAUUAAAAACAAUUUGAGCCUAAGAAAUUGCUCAAUUAAACAUAAAACACAGACUUCUUUUUCCUUGCUAGAAUAUUUUAGCUCCUAACUGGUCUAGUGUGUGCUUAGUCAUACCCAUAAUGCAGAAAUAAUGUAUAGUGUAGUUUUAAAUGCAUAAUGUAGUUUUAAAAUAAUUUUGGUUUUAUUCUGUUUUACUGUUUUGCACGUGGCACUGUAUGACAUGCAAAAAAAAUUACAUAGCUAAAGAAUUAGGUCAAUGGGACUUUCACAGCUUUUACAUUAUGUUAGUAUUCAAUAACACUGAUUUCUUUUUUUGUUUUAGUUUGUGUCAUAGCAGAAUCUAAAGAAAUUCAGAAAAUGUUGAAAUCAAAUGGUAUUGAAGUUCAGUGCUUCUCCGAUAUGCGCCCAAUACGUGUGGUGCCUGCUAAAAUACUGAGCCAUUUGUACGUAAAACUUGGUGAGUACGGUUAUAUCUUCCUGAUUAACCAAAGAUAAACAUCUUUGAUAAAAUGCAUGUCACUGGAUUUCAGCCAAAAACAUCAAUAAAUAGUACAAAAUCAUCAAAGAUGCUGCAAAUCAAAUUAGUCAGUAAGUACAUGUAAAACAAUCGUAUAUAAUCUUCAUAUGCAUGUCCGAUUUCUUACAAGUCGAUAUUACUUUGACACAGCUCAUUUGUACUGAGACACAUUUAAGACAUAUUCUACAAAUGUAAUUUGUUUUCUUUACAGGAUAUAACAAAGCCAUGAAUCUAAGUGGACGUCCAUACCGCCAUAUUGGAGUACUUGGCACAUCAAAACUGUAUACGAUCAGAAAUCAGAUCUUUACUUUUACACCCCAGGUAGCCAUGAUUAGUUGUCAUGCAGCUAAAUAACUUGAUCAAUAGCUAUGAUGUAGACUAUGAGUUUAGGAAGACUUAUCUUCUACUAAAGAAAUUCAUUUUUUUCCAGGAUUACCAAAAGUCGAGUAAGCAUGUUUUGUCCACAGUGAAUGACUAAAUCCUUAAUGAGAUAUGUUUAUAUGUAGUGUGCUUAUCCCCAAUUUAUAUUAAAUACAUAAUGAUCAGCCACAACAUUAAAACCACUAACACAAUCAGCACUGUUACAUUUUACAGUUUAAGAUCAUAUUUGUGUAGAUUUGCUUAGGUGUCUAGAAUGGUAUACUACUUUAUGCAUAGUGUUUUUGGAAUGUGCUUUGGUUCGAAAUAGACCAAUGGCUAGAUGCAUGUCUUCAUCUUACUCUACUAGAGUGCAUCAAUAAGAUUCUAAUAGUUCACACAUAUUUUGAAAUCUGACUGACAGCGUGAUGCCAAGUAUUAAACAGUAAUGGCAUAAAAUAGCGACAAAAUUCUGAAUACAUGUUAUAGUUUAAUAUUUAGCUCUUUUAGUUCACAGACCAACACCACUUCUACCUUGCUCUGGACAGCAGAAUGAUUGUAGAAAUGCUCAGGACAGAACUGGCUUACCUGACAUCAUGCUGGAGGAUGACCGGAAGACCAACACUGACAUUCCCCAUCACUCACGCUAUGCUUAGUAAUUGCUGCUCAAUUCUAUUAUAGUGUAAAAUAUAUGUAAUAUCUGCUGACGAGGGCACAGCCGACCCAAGCUAAUCUUGUUUGGAUCCUCCGUGCCUCAGACCCUGCUGUGCUGUGCUUAAUGUGUGGGAUUAUGCAGCAUUAGUAAAUUAAUUACUGGCAAUGCCAGUCCCCAGCCCUAUAUUAUUCUCACCAUCCCAACACACAGUGGGUGGAGAGACCUGGUACACAGGCUAGGAAACGAUUCAGUACAUUCACUGAGCUCUGUGGGAUUGAGAACCACACUUGGCUGUGUCUGUUUAAUACUGUGGUCUCAUUGACCCAUGUGUGUUUUUUUUAUUGAUGAUGUGAUGAGCUCCAAAAUAAUUAGUGUUGUGCUGCUUUUCUGGCUGCAAUUAGCCAAUCCUGCCAUGUUUUUUUUCACUUAAUUACGGUCUUUGCAAGUCUGCAAGUGGUGAGUUACUUUCAAAAGUUCACACCCUGAAUUGUUCUAAGUAAAUGGCACAGAGUCAUUUAUUUUUCAGGAACUGUUAGAUUUAUCUCUAUGUAUAACCACCUAGAAGAUUUAAUGAAAUAUAUUCAACAACAACUAAAUAUAUGAGUAAACAUUUUACAUCUCUGCUAACCUAAAUGUCACAUUUAGUUUUCAUUUAAGUGCAAUUCAUAGUUUUAUUGACACACUCUAGUUCUGGGAUUCUUAGUCCUUAAAGAGCCAAACCUGGUUAAAAUGGUGCAUCAUAGUCAUCAGAUUGUUGGCAGUUGUCCACAAUAUAUUGUUUAUUGCAGCUGCAAUGACUUUCCCGUUAAAAUGAUCCCCCAUUGACACGAUGGAAAGAGUCUAAUGCAGAAGUGAUUGUGCUUGAUUUAAUAUUACAAUUGAUAAAUCGGUUGCACAGCUAACCCCCCCCCCCAAAAAAAAAAAUCGGUCCAGUCGUAUUUUUUUACACAAAUUAUUCGAAUAAUACAUUUGAUUUGUAAAAAAAAGUUGUUUUAAUAGAAAAACUGUUUUACAAUGUUUACCGGGCAUCUAAAUUUAGUUUACUGUACAAAUAAGUUCAACCUUUAUAGGUUACCAUUUUUUUCAAUUUUACUAGGAUAUGUCAAGAAAUUUACUUAAUCAUCUUUAUUACUAAGUAAAUAUGUUCAGGCCAACCAUUGUGAAUUACAGGGAAAAUAAAUUGUGGGUUUUUGUGUUUUAGAUGAAGAUGGCUCUGACAUAGACCCAGCUAUUCUUUCUACAAUUAGGAAACUUGAUGAUGGGUAUUUUGGAGGUGCAAGGUAAAAAAUUCUACUAUUAUAUAUGUACGGUACUAAUGCUUCUUUAGAAAUUGUGUUUUUCUCUUAGAGUUCUUUAUUAACCAAUAUGUUCAUUUUUUUCCAGGGUGAAGUCAGGAAAAUUUUCAGAUUUUCUCACUACUUCAUUUUAUACCCACCUAAGUUUUCUGGAUUCAGACUGUGAUGACAAGCUUUUUGACGACACCAAUAAUGGCUAUGAUAGCCCAGAUAAUGACUACGAAUAUGAAUUAGGAACAGUUUCAGAGGAUCAAAGUGACAAAAGUAUGGGCUCCACACUCAUAACUCAUACAAUCCGGCAUGUAGAGUGUUAAGGUGUGCCUGACUCUACAUUCUUGAAUAUAGAAUGUAUAUGGCUAUACCAUACUUGCUGUCUAAUAGGAAAUACAAAAAUAAUAUUUAGGCUGUUAUUGUGCUUGCCUGCAGUUACCUUGGCAAAAGGCUUUUCCCUUUAAGCUUUCUAUUGAUUUCUCAUUCAAUUUUCCUGCACUCAUUUUUUUCCAAUGUGGGAUGCUAAUAAAUGUGUCUGAGAACUGGUACAGACUUAGUGGCAGAUGUGAGCUGAGUUUGUUUUUGAAUGUGGCUGAUGACAGGACUGUGCAUAUCAUAUUACUCUACUCCAGCCCAUAAAUCGGGGUUGUAGGAAGGAACCUCUAGCUUGUUAUCAACUUUCCUCUGCCAAAAGGGGGCUUUAGUCCUUCAGCCCCCUCUGGUUACACUCGAGAUGCAUGGUGACCUUAUUUUUUUCUCAAAACCCCCAUCUCUAUUGGUUAAAACAUUGCAACCAAUACUAUGUGCUGUUGUGUCCACUUAAGCGUAACAACUAAAUAAAAAAAAUAUGUGCAAAAUCACUAAUCUAUUUUAAUUCAUUCCUCUCAAGUUCUGCUGUUAAAUGCAAAUAUUUUCUUAAAUUUUCCAGGAGAAAAUCGUGAUGAGCUUGAUCAGUACAUAACUCACUUGCAGCAAAGUGUAGAGUCUACUACACAUCUACCUCCAACAUGCAAUAACUCCACAACAUACCAUGCAUUCAGCGCCUUGCAUUCCACACGCGAUAUUCUCUCUAUGAUCGCUAAGACAAAGGGCUUGGAAGUACAAAGUAAGUAUUGCAUCAGUGCAUAAUAUUUUUCAGACUGCAUUAUAGUCAUCUCACUUUCAUGAGGGUAGGUUUCAGCAACAUUGUUAUGUAAAUUGAAAUUAUGUAACCUAUAAUUAAAUAAUCAAUUUACAUAUAGAAAUGAUCAUAGACGCUUUACUUGAUGAACUGUUUGUUAAAUGGAAUACAGUACAAGUGUACUGGAAAAAAACAAAAUGCUAAACAAACUAAUACUUCAUAUGCAACAGAUCUAUAUUAACGUUGACUGACGAUCGAUCAUUGAUCAUGGUCGAGAGGAAAUCAGAAUUUUUUUAGCUUCGGUUCAUACAGAGCACCAUAGGAAAAAAUACAGAACAAUAUAAUUGUCAUUCAGCUUGAUAAUGGAGACAUAAUGUAAACAUUAAUCACUGAAAAUGAAGUCAAUCUAAUUUGAUCAGAAUAGCUUUAGAGUUAUAAUAGAUUAGAUUACAGAUUAUCUCAGGAGAUAUGAAUGUAGUACAUGUCACAAGUUUCAUAGAUAGUGAGCAGAUAAUGAAGAAAAACUAAUUAAGAAUAUCAUACUACAAUAUUCUUCUUCUAAUUAAAAGACAAUCUCCCUUGUAAAUAGGACUAGUGAUGUCAGUCUUUUUGAUGCUGUACACUUUCCAGAUGACAAUUAUAUAGAUUAGUCCUAAUCUGAAUCAUCUCAAAAGCUUGUUGGAUAAACUGUAUAUAAAGUCCUUGACACAAUGUCUUUACUCAGGCUAGUAUGGAUAGAGGACCGACGCACACAUAAAAAAAUACAGUUUUCAAUUUUAUAAGGCUACUUAAAACGACCUCUCAGCAAACAUGUGGAUUCAGUUCCACCUUAUGGCCAUAUUGUGUCAAAGUGACUCUCUAGUGCCAGGAAAACAAAUCCGUUAGUUAGUAAAGUCCAGUCCAGUCUGGGUCGUGAGGCAAUAGUAUGGGUGAUCCAAAAGCAAGGUUAAAGUCCAAUCCGGUCUGGCAGCAAUUAAUCAAUCCAAAAGGGGAAUCCAGAAGAAGGUCCAGUCUGGGUCGGCAUCAGGUAACAUAGGCAGAGGGAGAAUCCUAGAGAAUAGUAAAAGUCCAAUUCAGUCCAGCAAUAAAGAAUCAAUUCAAAGGGAAAUCCAAAUAGAGUAGUUCAUUCUAGUCCGAGUCAGCAAAUGAAAUAAGAUUAUCCGUGAGAAUGGUCAGAGUUCAGUCCGGUUUGGCAACAUGGAAAGCAAAUGGAGUAUAAAGUACUUUAACUUUUAAGGGGAAUUGGAAAGGUUUUUUGGACUAGGAAUAACAGUACCUAAAGAGCAAGUAAAGGUGUCCACUGCACACUAGUGAAGAGACACAUUAAUUGUGCACUGGGAUAUUGACUUUGGGCGUUUAAAAACGUGAAUUAGUGAAUGUCAAUUAGCCUCUUAAAGUGGUAUAGUUAAAAGUGAAGUGAACCAUUUAAAGGAACCGUUACAUUGGGAGACAAAAUAAUUAGUGCUAGUACGACAUAAAUGAAUAGGUAUUUUAAUAACAUGCUGUAAAAGCAUUGUGAAUAUAUAUAAUGCAAAAUUAAUGUGAUCAAUGCUAUACAAAAAAAUGCAGUAUCAAACCAAAACAAAAUGAUAGUGCUCUGAUGUAUAUACUGACAAUGCAUAUUAUAUAUCUGCUCUAUUUUUAUGUGUGCGCUGUUCCUUAAUCAAUCUGUAUUAUGAAUAAAUUUUCGUCACUGUGGUGGAACUGAAUCCUCAUAUUUGUUUUCUGAGAUACGUGAUUUAUGUAGCCUUAUAAAAUGUUAAACUGUAUUUUUAUGUGUGCGCUGUUCCUUAAUCCGUAUUAAGUAUACAUUUUGGUCACUAUGGCACCAAAUUCCUGCAAAAUGCAUGUUCUGGGGGUGCCCCCAAUUCCCUGUUGUCUCUACUCAGGCAACUGACACCAUGUAGUAUUUUCUGUGUGCAAAUUUAAGGUGGACAGUAGGUACACAGAGUAGUUCUUUAUUCAGUUCCCAUGUAAUCAAGAAGUAAUCAACUGAACAACUGAAACUAAACCUAAAAUGGCCCCCACAAACCUAAAAUGGCCCCCACAAACAGUUCCAAAGUGUCCUUUCUAAAGUAACAAUAUACCACAAUCCUGAGUAUUGAUAUACUGGCUGCUUGCAACUGAACAUGCAUACUUAUAAGGGUACUGCUGGGGCACUUACUCAUUCACUAAACAGCAAUUUCAAGUCUCACAAAAUGUGAUUUUUUUUUUUACAAAACACCUCACCUAGGCAAAAAAUGAUGGGGUUUAGUUACAUUAUAUGAUUGUCAAUGUACCCCAUUCUCGGCAGGUCCUACUCUUUGUACUUAUUUUUAUAAUUCUAUCUAUUAAUAAGCUCCUGGAUAUCUGUCACUAUUCUUGUAGUACCAUACACUCUAUCUAGCAGCCUAAUGCCUGCUCUUAUGAGAUUAAUCCUCUUACUUGGGAAAUACUUCCUCCUGGGACUCUCUGCAGGUCAAGGUUAACUAGGGCCGUUGAAUGAGGCACCUGUGACAGGGAGAGGUGCAAAACCGGGGAGCUGUCCUGGUUGUUUAUUGAAUGAGUGAGUGGUCUAGAUCUUGUAUGAUAUUUAUCCUACGUCACCAUCAUUUGAAAACUAAUGCAGUUGAAUUAUUUGGAGUAGAAACAAGUUUUUUGUGUGCAUUAUCUUGCAUAGUUAUAGAUAUUGUAGAGAACAAGUAGAAUUACACAGAACAUUUUUCUGUACUGUUAGCUCUACAAAAUAUGUCAAAUUAAAAUUACAUAUAAAAAAAAUAGGCUGAUUUAUAAGACAUGUGCAUAUAUGCCUGGUUACAUGAUUGAAUCUGUUAAAUGUCAGCAUGUAAAUGUGCAUAUGCUAUUAGUUCAUUCAUAUUUUCUUCGUGGUGGUGGUUCAAGGAUAUGCAUAAAAUAUAUAUGUGUAUAUGAUGCUGGUAAUAAUGAAAUCAUUUUUAGUGCUGGUGCUUUUAAAUAUGUGUUUAGUGCUGGUUAUCUAAUGUGUUCAUGGUGCUGCGUCUAUUUGAUGUGAUAAUGCUGUUAAUUUUUGUAAUGCUUUUAUGCAUCUGGUUCUAUUAAAUAUAUUUUACAGCUGAUUCUCUUUUGUGUUUUAUAUCUGCCUUUGUUUCAGAUUCCUCUUUGUUUCUACCUUCAAAAAAUUUAAAAGCUCAUCGAAGGUCUUUAAACCUACUAGAAGUUCCUAACUUGCACCAGCAUCAGGUGACUUCGGUUUUUGUUUUCAAUUAAAACAAAGUGAUUCAAACGUUCUUGUUUUUAUUUAUUGUCUCAGAGAAAAGGUACAUUGUAGAAAUAAGAUAAAAUGGUGGGACACAGGCAACGAAUUAAGACAUUGUCAACACAUCCUGGGCAGGUGGGAUGUUGAAACCUGAGAUGUCCCUCUUGGACAUUAUUUGCUAUUUUGCAUGGUUGAGUGACAAAAAAAAAAAAUCCCAGGUACGUCCAUUUUGAUUCCCAGUGGGAACACAACAUAUUGUGGAAAGGUGUAAGGUAAACAUGCAUACAAGGCUAUAUCUUGUUUCUCAAUAUAAAGGAUAUGCAGGGUUAAAUUUUUAAAUUCAAAGCUAAAAUCCUUUACAAAAUAUGAAACAAAAUUUAGAACUCAUCUACAUACAAGGGCAACUUUCCUAGCUAACUCCUCAGCACAUGAAAUUAAACCCACAGAUAUGUGGCUUUGGAAAGAUUCUACUAUAAAAUAUGUCAUUUGUGUUUACUGUUAGGAACUGUUCUCUCCAGUAACCACCUUCUUUAAGCUUUUUAGAAGUCUGAGUACCAGUUUUGGAAAUGGUUUCUAGUAAAAUGUAAAUUAGAUAUCAGAACUAAUUUAAAAUGUUCCACAGAAUCAUGAAACUGAAUUAAAUCUGCCAAAAGAUGCACAUGGAAAUGUUGAUUGUAGCAGACUUGCUGAAAUGCUGAAGGAGUGCCCCACACUUCAGGACCAGGCUGACAUACUGUACAUUUUAUGUGUUAUAAAGUAAGUAGUCAUCAGCCAAUUAAAUCUUGCAGAGUAUUUUCAGAGCUUACUAUUUGUUUACUGUUCAUCCCAGUCAUUUUUUUUCUAUCUAUCUUCUAGUUUUUAUUAAUAAAAAAUGGUAUAUUUGUUUAUCUGUUUUGCCUUUCACCGUACCUUGUUGGACUACAAAUUCCUUGAACCUUACCGCAUUCAUGUUGGAUUGCUAUAGAAUGAUUUGCCAGUACUAAGGAAUAUUCAGAAAAUGGUUAAUAUUGUAAAGACUUGUGCCCGUUGUAGUCUAAAGAAAGACAAUAUUAACUUUUAACAGUUAUUUCCUGGUGUUGUGGGAAACUGUGAUAUAUUUUGCAUAUACUGCGUCAGCUGGAGGUUGUGAGAAUGUGUUUUUUUUUAAUUUCAUUACUAUUUGUAAUGUAUUAUCUUAGCAUAUUUUAAUGCACAAUCUAUAUAAUGCAUUAACUAAACGAUUGAGUUAUUCUAACAUUUAACUAUUUCUGUUCUCAGGGGUUUAGAAUGGGACACCAACUUGAAUGGACAAUCUGGAGUUACAGUCCACAUCCUGUUGAGUGAACUUUAUAGUAAAGCCGGGCUCAAUCGAGAAUGGGGAUUAAUCCGUUACAUCUCUGGGUUACUGAAAAAGAGAGUGGAAGUACUUGCUGAGGUACAUCACCCAUUCAGUUAUGUUACCUAUUAACAUCACUCAUUCAAAGUGACAAGUCUUUCUACUGUCCAUUUCUUUAUGCCUUUAAUAUAUAAUUCAUCCUAAAUAUAAAUGACAUAUUUAAAAUUUUCUUUAAAUGGCAGCCAUCAUGUCCAUUUGUGAGGUGCUACACUACUUUUAACACCAGGCAUCCAUUGCCAUCACCACAGUACCUCUUAUCUGUCUACCCCUGUUGUACUUUUUAAAUCAGAGCAUACGUGCCAAAACAAUCAACAUUUGUCAGUGCUUUGGCUUGUAAGCGGUAAGCGGUGUGUUGUCAUUCCUAAUCUCUGUAAUCACAUGUUGGAAUGUCAUAUAUACCGCAGUGCAAUGCUAUGCUGGUUAUUGUACACUUUGCUGUGAUAGGGAAGCUCUAAUCAAGGAUUUGUUCAAAUACCUUUAAUAUUUUAAUUUUUUUUUUCUUUAGGCCUGUACAGACAUCCUCUCACAUCAGAAGCAGCUAACUGUGGGUCUGCCUCCCGAACCUCGCGAAAAAACCAUCACAGCGUAAGUGUUAAUUGAUUUGCUGCUGCAUUACUUCACUUUGCAUUUCUUACAUUGGUAAUUACUAAUUAAUACUUUAUAUGGAUCAUUAAAUGUACAUUUAGACAAAGGUUGUCUGAUCUUGACCAACCAUCUAUUUUUACACUAUGUUUGUCCAAUUUAGUCCAAAAAAUUAGUGUCAUUAAGGUUUGACACCUUUGCCUUAGGUGUAGUUUAUUAUGUAUAUUUAUAGGUUUCUUGGAGCGGAUAUUCCACACUUUGCUUUUUCAGUGUUUAUCUUCAUUUGCAAUAAGCUUUAUAAAAUCAUUUAUUUAAUAUUAGACCAUAUUUAUUAGUGAUGGUAUAUACAAUAUCUGUUUAAAUUCACCCAGUCCUUUACCUCCCGAGGAGUUAGCUGCCCUAAUCUAUGAAGCCAGUGGACAAGAUAUCAGCAUUGCUGUACUCACACAGGUAAAAAAUUAUAUAUUAAGCAGUAAUAUUACAUUUUCUUUAUUAGAUCUUAACUUGUCAGAAACAUUUUGGUCUUGAUUGAAUGUGUAUGAGUUUGUGUGAGAUAGCAUCAGAAAUGAUUUCACUCUCUUAUAAAAACUUUUCAAAUGAUUUAUCUACAUAAGUCACCAUUAAAAUCAUUUAAAAAGUUUAAAUGUUACUGAUUCAAAUAAAUGAAAUAAAUGCCUUUUAUAUGUGAUGGUAUAUGAUAUGGUGUAGAUUUAAUAUAGCAGUAAAUAAUGCUGCAAACAUUAUUACAGGGCAAUGCAACCUUUUGGUAGUGAAGUGCCAAAGAAAAACUUUGAAGUUCCUUAAGGGUGCUAGCCCUAGUAGUGUUUGUGUAUGGAGCGGAAUUCUGCUUGUAGCAUGUAUGGAUGCAGCAGAUGUUGUUGGAAUUUGAAUAUGUAUGUGUGUGAAAUGUCUGUUGUGUUAUGUGAGUAUGUAUAUGGGCUGUGUGUAGUGUUGUGUGUACAUUGUUGUUUGUGUUAGUGUGUUUGUGGAGCAGUUUGCUUGUAGGGUUCUGUGUGUGUGUGAUGCGUUGCCGUGCUUAUCUGCGGCAGUGUUCUGAAUAUUUUGGGAAGUCCUAGAUUGCGAGGGACUCCUGUAGUGUCUGCCCAUUGCUGCUCAGGCUAAUGCUUCAUUAUUAACCCAAACAGCACACAGGGAAUGGGCUUCUGGGGACUCCUGUUUGUCUUUGAAACAUUACAAAUUGUUUAAUGCUGAAUGGAAGGACACUGCCAGGAGACUUGAACUACUUUCCCUGUUCAAGUAUUGCACAUAUAAUUAGCAAAUGUCUUGUGACCUUAUAACUAUUUCUAUGCAUAUUGUUUCUUGUCCAGGAGAUAAUGCUGUAUCUAGCUAUGUACGUCAGGUCACAACCAAGUCUUUUUGGAGAAAUGCUCAGACUACGGAUUGGACUUAUCAUCCAAGUCAUGGCCACCGAGUUGGCUCGAAGCUUGAACUGCUCAGGUGAAUAGAUUUUUAUGAAAAUCAAUUUCUACUUUUGUUAUAAUUCAUUAACUCGUUGAAAUUUAGUUGAGGAGUUCUGAGUUACAGACCUGAUCAACAUUAAGAACUGUUUGACUUUUAAAAAAAAAUUACAUUGAUCCAAAGAUAUGGAAUGUUCCUAAAUACUAAAAAAUUGUAUUAUCAGGAGAAGAAGCCUCUGAAAGUUUAAUGAGUCUCAGCCCAUUUGACAUGAAGAACCUUCUUCAUCAUAUCCUGAGUGGGAAAGAGUUUGGAGUGGAGCGAAGCAGUAAGUAGUCUUUCAAACUUUACAAGUAUUUAAAUUCUGUUGGCAAAAAGCAUCUUUUAUUACUAUUUCACAGUGUGUUAUUUUUUGAUUUGCACAGUAUUAUUAAUAUUAUUAUUAUUACUGGCAUUUAUAGAGGGUACUGUUUCAAAUCGCUUUAUAAAUUCUGAUAUCACAUUUAUUUUAAAAUAGCUGUCAAAUAUAAUACAUUGACAGCAGGGUCUUCAGAUUGUUCAAGGUACAUUGUUCAUUUUUUUAGAGUAUGGUACAUGAACAUAUGGAUUUUAAAGAUUUAUGACCAGUAGAAAAUAUAAUUUGACAUAUAUUAACUGACAUGCAGUGAUAUAUACAACACUUUCACUGCUAAUCACUAUUUUUCAAGUUGCUAUUAUUACACCUGUGCUGUAACAAGAGUACUAGGUUACCAAAGUAUAUAUGUAUUUAUUUAUUUAUUUUGCCUUUAAAAAUACAGACAAGCUGGUUGAUUGCCAAAACACAGCCAGGGCUUGAAAAGUAACAAUCGUAGUAUAGUAUAAUUAGAGCUAUUUCCAAUUUCCCUACUUGUAAUAUUCUCAUUGUAUUUUUCUGCAAAAAAAAUUAUUUAUGUAUUAUACAGAAAAUAUCAACACUAACAAUAUCUUUCUUAAAAGUGCGUCCUAUUGAAUCGUCGGCUACCAGCCCUGCAAUAUCAAUACAUGAGAUGGGUCACACAGGCGUUACGAAGACAGAAAGGACCGGCAUUAACCGGUUGCGGAGUGAAAUGAAGCAGGUAGUUUGCUGUCCAUUUUUACUGCAUAGCAGUGAUUCUUCAGACAUCUAGAAGACAUCAGUGUGACAUUUCUAUGGUUACUCUGCCUUCUGAAAGUAUUUGUCAAUCAUUGGUUUGGAAUAUUUACUGUAGGUGAUGACUGAACACAUACACACACUGACACCACUAAUUGCAUUGUUUCAUAAGUCAGGGCAGCAUGACUUUAAGAGAGCAAAUUAUUAAGGGCUGAUGCAAUAUAUAACUUAAUAUACCAUUAUAUAUUAUGCCAGUGAGGUAGCACAGUUGGUUAUUACACUAACUUUACUAGAUUUGUAUGCUUUUAUGUUAACAAAUUGUAUUCCAAUGCAGUUAUCCUAUCAAGGCUUUGAUCUAAUUUUUUUUUAGAUAAGCUUUUCAAAUAAACUUUAAAAAGAAAAAAGGAAAAACGCUAAAAUAUAAAAAUAUAUAUCUCAGAGAAGGGCUACUAAGCUGGUUCAUGGAUUGCAGGAUAAAACUUACCAGGAAAGGUUAAAAUAUCUUAACAUGUAUAGCUUGGAGGAAAGACGAGACAGGGGAGAUAUGAUAGAAACAUUUAAAUAUAUAAAGGGAAUCAACACAGUAAAGGAUGAGACUAUAUUUAAACAAAGAAAAAUGACCACAACAAGAGGACAUAGUCUUAAAUUAGAGGGACAAAGGUUUAAAAAUAAUACCAGGAAAUACUACUUUACUGAGAGGGUACUGGAUGCAUGGAAUAGUCUUCCAGCUGAAGUGGUAGAGGUUAACACAGUGAGGGAGUUUAACCCCUUAAGGACACAACUUCAGAAAUAAAAGGAAUCAUGAUGGAAUAUUUCCGUCAUGUGUCCUUAAGCAUACGUGGGAUAGGCAUAAGGCUAUCCUAGCUAUUUGGAAAAUUGGGCAGACUAGAAGGGCUGAAUGGUUCCUAUAUUCCUUCACAUUCUAUGUUUCUAUAUGUAAUACAUAAAAAUAGACUAAUAUCUAACAAAAUUAUUCAAAUCUUAAAACAUUUUUAAAAAUAUUAAAAGUUUAUCUAAAAAUAGUAACUCAUUUUAAAAGCUUAUGAAAAAACCCCAUUAAAUUAAAGCCUUAGUUUGACAAAAUCUGUUCACUUGUAGUUGAGCACUAAUAAUAAUAUUUAUGAUAGAGAACAAGAGAACAUUUUAGUGUUUGAUGGAUAUAUUAUGAACAUGAUGCAAGUGUUGAUUGCUGUGAGUUGAAUCUUUUUGAUGACUAACUGUAAGCUCACUGUCGUAUUGUAUAAUCAGUGUGAUGUUUUAUUGAAAAAUAUAAGAAUUCAUUCUGUCUGUCGGGAUGGUGGUAUGUCUUCCCUUAUGCUAUGAUAGCGAUAGUCGUGUUUUUUGUCUUGCAGCUCACUUUUUGCUUUAAUUGGUUUCUCACUUUAUGCAGUAAUCAAUUUCUUUGUUGAAGAAAUGAAAAAUCAUGACUAACUGGUGCUUGCUUUUAAAUAAAGUUCAUUGCUUUGGAGAUACAAUCACUGAUAUUCAUUCAUCUUUAAUUGCAGAUGGAUAGUAGAUUUAGCACUGAUGAACAGGUGAAACUUAAUUUGGAAAUGGUUUGCUUUCAUUGUUUCUUCUCGACUAUUCAAUUAUUUAUUUAUUUUUCUUUCUGUUACUUUCUAAUUAUUUUCUAUUACUAAUAUCUAAACAUAUCAUUUUCUAUUAAUCUUAACAAUUUUAAAAUGGCAAUUAUUGCACAAUCAUUGGAAAGCGUUCAAUAUGUAACCCAUAGUCUUCAGAUCAGAUUUAUUUUUAAUUGUGGUGUCUUAAAGAACAGCUCUAGGUUACUGAACGCACUGUUGAAUGUAAACAAAGCAUUUAAAGAAAGAAAUAUGCAUUUAUAUGUAAAUCAAAAUAGAUCAAAAUCCGACCCCUACAAUAAUUAAUUUCAAAAAGUUUGUGCAUCCUGAUGACAAACAAAAAGUUAAUAUAGCCAGUCUGAAACACGGCACAGAGUUCUGGCACCAUAACCACUUCGACAAGCAGAAAUGAUUAUACUUAGAGUAGCAUAGCUUUAAGUACAAAGCUAGUGCAAUUUAAUUUCUUGAAUUUAUAAACAUGUACUGUAAUCUAUAUAUAAAUUAUUAUUAUUAUUAUCACUGUUAUUUUGUACAUCCACCACUGGUUCUUAAAGAUGGCUCUAAUGGGGUUAAGCUUAUUUAUAUGCCCAGGAUACAGUAUAAUGCCUUUUAUACAUAGUUUGUGUGGCUGCCUAUAUCUGGUAGUGGUCAGGAGUCUAUUUUUAAACAGUUUGUCAUUUACUUCUGGACAUCUGAAGUCCAUCCACCUCUUCAGCUGAUGCUCUCAGUCCAUUAAUUCUAUCCAGCUUAAAUUUAUAUAUCAAAUGAGGAAGGGGAUCUUCUGCUUUAGCUAUAUCUGAGGACCAAAUAUACUGCAGGUAAGUGUCAAACUGUUAAAAAAACAAUUUCAUUACUUAUUGCGGGAUAGUGCCAAUAGGCUUCUGACACUCUAACCACUACAGUGUGCAGAUAUGGUUAUGGUGCUUAGACUUUCCCUUUAAAAGGCUUAAUUAAAUAUUUUUUCUCUCAUGACUCGAAACACAUUUAUCUGCAUUUACUAAACAGUUUAACAUCUUGUGGUACUGGAUGAAAUUUACUGGCCUUAAAUGGCAUGUGAAAUAUGUUCCUACAAUAAGAAAUAUGCCCUCAGGUGAAAAUCUGUUCAUUGCAAGUCCUUACCAGCUGUCAGCCUAACCAAGCAUUUAACACAUAGUUUAAAUUUAAUGCGCUUGUCCUUUUCCUGUGCAGUUUCUGUUUUUAACCUUGCACAACAAGAGAAUAUAUGCUCCAAAGUACAUUAAAGUUUAUUAUAUCUGAAUAGAAACAGGGAGGGUAUGGCAUAUUGUAAUUAAAAUGUAGUUGCUUGUUUUUUUUAACCUUUUUUAUUUAAAAAAAAUAUAUAUUUUUAAAUCAAAUGUAAGAAUUUGAUUUUAUAGCUUGGCAUCUGAUGUAACAUCAAAAUGACCUAUGUUUCACUUUGUGUGGACCAUGAUGGGUCUUGGGUGUGCAAGUUACUAUUGGAAAAAUGUGCCUGGAGCACAUACGCACAAAGAGCAUCUUGGGAAAAGUGUAGUAAUGUUUUGUACAUAACUAAGCCAUAGACCUCAAUUCAACAAACAGGGAAAGUGGAACACAAACCAAACACCACAUUAAAAGGAACACCAACAGGAAAAUGUUCGUUCCUCCUUUACAAAUGUGUGUUUUGUAUUAAAACUACUCCUUGUUGUCCUUGUGUAAUAAAUAUAUAUUUACUGUUAGGUUUACCAAACUAAAGAUAUUACUUAAAGGACCACUCUAGGCACCCAGACCACUUCAGCUUAAUGAAGUGGUCUGGGUGCCAGGUCCAGCUAGGGUUAACCCAUUUUUUUAAUAAACAUAGCAGUUUCAGAGAAACUGCUAAGUUUAUUAAUGGGUUAAGCCUUCCCCCUAUUCCCUCUAGUGGCUGUCUCAUUGACAGCCGCUAGAGGCGCUUGCGUGCUUCUCACUGUGAUUUUCACAGUGAGAGCACGCCAGCGUCCAUAGGAAAGCAUUGCUCUUGCCGCGUGUGUGCAUUCAGCCGGCGGGGCGUAACGGAGGAGGAGAGGAAGCAGAGAGCUCCCCGCCCAGCGCUGGAAAAAGGUAAGUUUUAACCCCUUUCCCCUUUCCAGAGCCGGGCAGGAGGGGGACCCUGAGGGUGGGGGCACCCUCAGGGCACUAUAGUGUCAGGAAAACGAGUAUGUUUUCCUGGCACUAUAGUGGUCUUUUAAGGUAAUCUCACACCUUUUACAUUACAAACCAUUUCUCAGUUUUAUAUUUUGAGGUUUGAAGCCUAGUGGUAGCCCAAACCCCUACACCAGGAGUACCCAACAGACCAAAUGCCAGCUGUUGAACUACAGCUCACAUAAUGUGUGAUUCCUCCGUCAUGGCAAAGCAUCAUGGGAGAUGCAAUUCCACCACAGCUGGAGAACUGCCUAUUCCUACCUUCUAUGGUUUGUAGACUUUGUCUAGACUAGAGGAGAGAGGAAUGGGACAAUACUGAAGUAGAGAGGAGUAAAAUAAUACAGGGAGGAAAGAGGAGUAAAGCAAUCCUGGGAGGAAAGAAGAGUUAAUGAAUGCUGGGAGGAGAGAGGAAUGAAGGAAUACUGGGCUGAGAGAAUACAGUCUGGGAGGAAUUCUUACAUUAAAUGACGCUGGGAGGCUGACGCUGGGCAAGCUGACACAGGGCAGGCAUGCAUAAGUGUGUGGCAAUCUCUUUAUAAGAUUGCGGCCGCGCGAUCUCUGCAGUUUCCGACCUUCCAGGAACAGCAGGGAGCGGCAGCCAUCUUGGAUUGGGUGAUUCACGGUGGAACACCAAUUGGGAAAUGCUGGUCUAGACUAAACUGACAUCUUUCAAAAACUUAUAAAAAAAAUAACAGUAGAGUGCAAUUUAGUUAUAGUAUAAGACUAGCAGUAGGUUUUGAGAUGCAGUGUAGUAAUAUCCUUAGUAAGCAGGUUUCUCUGUAAAUUACAAGCAUGUACAGAUGUGCAACCAAUCGAGUUGUGUCACUUAACAUGACUGUCUCUUUUACUCUUUCCUGACUCCAAGCCACUUCUACCUUCAUGCUUUCCUUUGCAUGUGAUCCACUGCAUGUCAAGUACCACUCUGUUUACACAUUUUGUUUUUCUGUGUUGUAGUUCAUGUUUGGCCAUUCUGUUACCAGCAGCAUCCAUUCCUCGAGGUCUACGGUAAAACACAUCAUAUUGUUUGCUGUGUGUCUGUUUGCUUUGCUUCUCUUGUUCUGUGCCUUGGUUAAUUCACAUUGAUGUUCUUUUUUUUGCCAUAUUUUCACUAUUCACCAAUUAUUGCUACCUUACAAAUUUGUCCGACUCAAUCGAAAAAAAAAGUGUUCAUUAUGUAGCUGACAUUAUUGCAUUUAAAAGUAUUUCCAAUUUCUAUUAGUGAGUUUGUAUGUAAACUUUUUGCAAGUAAUUAAUUCACCUCAUAGUAUAUCAGAGAAUUUAAAUAUAAAUGAAUGAUAUGUAUAUAAUAAUUCAGAUAUAAAACAGUCAUACACUUUAGAGAUAGUGAUACUGAUUGCAUUUCCUUUUAUUCUUCACGGUUGUGUUUUGGAUUUAUUUCUUUAUUCAGGGCCAGAGGAAGGUUAUUUCAAAGUCCAGAAACACUGCAUACUUUUUUUCUAAAGUGUUUUGUAAGGUUUAAUUUAUUAAAGGAACACUAAAGGGUCAGGAACACAGAUAUAUAUCAAAAUCUUACUUUUAUUGCAGUCUGCUACUGCUGACUCUGCCUCUGAUCUGCAUGCUUGGCUGACAUAAUCAGAAGUGUUUAACAAAAGCCAAUCACAAUGCUUUCCCAUAGGUUGGGCUGAGACUGUCAAGAAGGCAGAUCAAGGGCAGAGCGAGCACAAGCCAAACUCAGCCCUGGCCAAUCAACAUCUCUAAUAGGAAAGUUCAAUGUCUCCAUGCAGAGGGUGGAGACAAUGAAAGGCAGUGCUAGGAAGCACCUAUAGUAGCCAUCUGAGGAGUAGCCAGUUGAUUUAUCCCUAGGCUGUAAUAUAAACACUACAUUUUCUCUGAAAAGAUAGUGUUUACUGCAAAAACACUUAAAGGGAAUGAUUAUACUCACCAGAACCAGAAUACAAUAAGCUGUAGUUGUUCUGGUGACUAUAGUGUCCCAUUAAGAUAUCAUGGUAGUCACCCUUUGUUAAUGAUUAGAGCUGUAGGGGUGGCACAGUAAGUUUAUUUUUGAGACCUGUUAAGAGUGGGGAAGGGAAGCAGUUUAUUUAAUAACCUGGUGACCAGAAGUUUGGUGAGCCCUUGUCAUAUGAAUUUCAGUUUGUGUGUGUGGUUUAUACCUUGUUAGUUGAGUGAGGGAACAUUAAAUCCCCAAGCAAAUUCAUUUCAGUAUUUACUCUUUAUAAAAUCCAUAUGCAGGGCAGAAUGACAGUAGUUAUACCCUAAAGACACUCUUACGAGCAAGUAGUGACCAUUGUCAUGUUAAUCUGCUGCUGUUGUCAUUAAUAACUUUCUAAUCAGCAGAUCCCUGUUGCCUACUCUUCUGACAGCUAGUGGGUUUACAGGGUUAAGCCUAUUUUGUAAAAAUUAGAGAGGCUAGAACAUAAUCAGGAGAGUACAAAGCAGUUUUAGUAGUGCAGAAACAUCAAACAAACAGAUGUAGCUUGGAUGUUUGCUUUCAUGUUAUUACAGCAAGAAAAUGAACACCAUUCUAUGGUGUAUUUCCAAUCCCCUAACAAUAUCCUCCAGAUUCCAGGGAUGUGUAUCAUGUAGAAGAAGAGAUUGGGGGACCGGGAAAUAAAUGGCAUUAAACAGUGGAAAUUAAAUAAAACUACGGGGCAUUGGAUUUUCUGAUAUUAGCAUUCGUAUGAGCAAGGAAAAGGGGCCUGUACAAACAACUAGCAAUCUAGAAGAGAUUAUAGUUAAUCAUCCUCAGAAAUGUCUAAACUUGGUAAUUCAGAAGAAGCUGAAGUUACCACAUCAUCAAAUACAUUAAGUUGCUCUCGAGGUCAUGCAAGAUUCUAGGCUGAAAUAACUUUGAUACUAGAGAAAGUUGCAGCUCUCACAGAUGGCAAAAUGGACACCAGAGAAGAUAUCAGAAGCUUCAAUACUCACCACCAACCAACCACCAACCAAAACACCUGAUGCCUGCAGAGAACCUGUUACAAACUCACCAUCGAAGUAGCCUCAUCGAAGUAGUCUCAUUAGAGGAUAGAUAUAAAGAGCCAAGUUUAUGGAUCUGCGGUAUGUCUGAGACAUUUAAGGCUAAGGUGUUGCCUUCUACACCACCAUAUAGCCAUGCCACCUGCCUUCUAGACAAGCACGUUUCUUAUACCAGGAGCUAGUCACUAUGUUCAGAAAUUGCCUAGGGGCACUAGUGGAGAUAUCAAGAGAUAUUACACUAAGAUUAAGGGGUCAAGAACUCCCGUACAAGUUGGCAACACAAUGUUCACUCUCUAAUUCAGUUCUAAAGCAAUUAAGAUAGACACGUUGUGUUUUUUCAGUAAGGCCCAUAAAUUUCUUUAGUGACUGGCAUUAUACAGGUAGCUAUGCCAUCUUUAUCCAAGAUGUAUCCAGGUACUAGUGGAACCAGUAUACUCACUAGAUCCAUCUAGAUCAAUGUAGUUGUAUGCAUGACCCUACUACCUAAAAUGCCUGAGUAUGUCACUGGCUUGGCUGUCUGGUGUGGUCGUCCUACCUAUGAUCAGGGUUUCAUGCUUCCAUGCUUUAGAGACUUUUGAUGCUAUCAAUUUGAACAGCAUCAGCUUUGUCUAUGCUAUUCAUUUUGACUAUAUCACAGGCACAACAAGUUAUGCGGAGGUAGAGCAAUAUCUUCUCAAAACUUGUAACCAUCUUCUGUAUGGUGCCCUCCCCCGUAUCUCUGUCAUGGUUUUUUUUAAUUAAGGAAUCAAACUUGAUGAUUGAGGUAUUGCAUUUUUUCCAUGUGAGAUAUGUGGCUUUGUUAAAUUAAAAGCAAGUAUUUCUCCUAUUUCUGCUCUUGCCCAAGUUAGGGUGUCCACUUGAAAGAAUUAUUGCAUGUUCUAACAGACCAUUUUGCCUACUGUGUAUCAUUUUACUUUUAUCUAGGAAACAAUAAGUGUUUGAAAACUUUGUGUUAAUAUUUUUUUUGGAGGCAGGAUUAAUCCACACAGUCAGUUAAUCAAAUAGUAUUAUCAAGUAGUAUCCGCAUUUGGCGUUUUUCAUCUGUACAACACAUGGAGUAUUUUACAAUUCAAGCUCCCAGUCCAUGAUCAUUGCUGUGUGGUUCCAGGAAAGAUUUGUAUCACUAGAGUGCUCAUGCUUGAUAAAAGUUUGCUCUGUAUGCACAUUAAAGUGCUCUUGCAUUUUCCUUAUUUGCCCAAAGAAAAUGGGCUACUAAUUAUAGAACCUGGGAUGGGGAAAGGAUCCCGGAUAGGGACAUAUUCGUUUGUUCGGGUAUAUUUGGGAUAUAUGCUGAGUGAAGACAAUUUGUGACGUAGAGUGAAAAAAAGUUGUGAAUUCUUGUAAAAUAUAUAUAAAAAAAAUAAAAUAUAUAUAUAACAUUCAAACAAUUGCCAUUAAAAGAAGUUCAAUUCUGUCUACAAACUUUCUCUUUUUCAUGAGUAUCUAAUUUCCUCUCACUAUAAAUCCCAUUAUGUAACAUUUUUAUAACUGAUACAUACAUAUUUUACAUCUUCUUCCUUUUACUGUUAUCGAUCAUACUGCAAUACUAACUGUUUUGCUUUCUAGAGGACUUGAAGAUCAUUUAAUUAUUACGCCUUUUUGGUUUUAACUCUUACGAUUUAUUAAACAUUAAAGUAUAUAAAAACUUAAGUAAAGAGAAUUUUGUUACAGAGGUGCAGCAGUCCUUCAUCUCCAACUGGUACACUGUCUCCAACGGGUUUAAGUGGACCACAACUUGUGUUUGAUGAUCACCAAGGCCAGUGGUUGAGAAGAAGAAGGCUGGAUGGAGCUAUCAACCGUGUUCCAAUGGGAUUCUACCAGAAAGUGUGGAGUGUCCUUCAGAAGGUAUAAAAUAAAUAAAUAAAAUAUAUACAUUUAUUUUAUAUAAAUAUAUGUGUGUGUUGUGUGCAUAUGGUGCACAUACCAUUUUUAAAGUAGAGCUUUUCUUUUUUUUGGACCUUUUUUCUGUGACCCUAAAACAGAGAUUCAUAUUCCCAAAAUCUUGUAUACCUAAUCAGUAAAUGAAAUACCACAUUUUCCAUUCUUUGUACACAAAUAAUUAUGUGUCCCUGCCUACAAGCCCCUUAUAACACAAACAUCUCAAAAUUAUAUAUUAUUGUUUAAAAUCUAAAUUAGUAUUUUUGAAAUUUGUUGCACAUGGAAAUAGACUUCAUGUGUAUAUUAAAAUAUAUUCCCCUUGAAAUAGUAUAUUUAAAAACAAACAAAAUAAAACAACUUUUUUCUCUCUCUGUAUUUUAUAUACUUAUGUUUCCCAUUUUAGUGCCAUGGUCUAUCUAUUGAUGGGUAUGUUCUUCCUUCAUCAACAACAAGAGAGGUAUUUCAGUAUUUUUUGAAGCAAUUUGUUAAAGGUUACUCAUUAUAAUUAAUUUAAAAAUGUGCAGGUUGUUUUGCUUCUUGAUGUUUUUACACGUUUUAAGUGUAAGUGUGCCUUUGUUAUGAAAUGUGUUUGAAAAAUGUACAAAUCUGAUUUGAGUAUUCUCUAAAGUCAUUUUGGAGGCUUAUCCUCAACUGUGCUACUUUGAUUCAGGGCAGUUUGGUUUCUGAUUUAAAAAUAAUAAAAUAACUUUAAAAUUCAGAAAUUAAAAUGCUUAUCAAAUACUGAUUUGCUCCUGAAUUUCAACAUUUGGCCAAUACGAUUAACAGACGGAAUGACACUUGCUCCAUCUCACCUUGCUCAUGUUCAUUGUGUCAAUGUUGAGAGAUUUGUGUAACUAACAAAAGUUUCUUAUGAUCCACUAUUUUAUGUUUGCUUCUUCUAUUUUCUGAUGGGGCCCCACAGAUUACUUGGUAGAAGAGGUGUUCCAUAAAUUGAUAUUUAUAUUAAUGCACCACCUUUUACAGCAUUAACUGGUUCAAAUAUAUGAGCAAUGCAAAGCAUUGAAUGUAGUUAAACAUCAGUAAUGCAUGCUGAUAGGAAAGUGUGUAAACAAUCUCCUUGUGAGCAUCUUAUUCUGAUGUAUGUGUUAGUCUAUAAUUAGGUUUGGAAUGUCAGAUUUUAGAGAAAAACAAGUGUCUCAUUACAAGCUCUGUGCUGACCUCGAGUUAUGCUCAUGUGAGCAGGGUCCUUAACACCCUCUGUUAAAUACCCGUCAGUUAGUCCACCUAUUGUACAGCUAGUAAUCAAUCAGCUAGUAAUUUAGGCAGAUAAAAACUUCCAGCCCAUGUUUUGUAAAGAUUAACAACAUAGAAAGCAGAUGAACCAUUAUUAUUAGGCAGAAAACCAGUGAUGGCCAGGUCAUUAAAGGUUAAUGGUUAUUUUUGAAGUGCAAUAGUGGGCCAAGGUUCUCAUAGUGAGACAUUCAGUAGGAACAUUCCAUUUACAGAACUUAUUAACCACGGUUUCUACAUUACACCCAAUAUUCCCUUUAGCCUCCGUAGUAUACUUGUAUUCCAUUCUAAUAAGACAUAAUACAAAACUCAUUCCAAUCUGUAGAGCGUUGCACCUCUUCAAUGGACACAUAUUAAAUCAAAUUUUCUUAAUACCUUUAUUAUUUUAAGCUUCUCACAAAAAUGGGAAUACCUUAGAGUCUUAUCAUUUAUACUGUUUUUCUGUUUAUUGUGACAGAUGACUGCCUGUGAGAUCAAGUUUGCAGUACAUGUGGAGUCUGUUCUUAACCACGUACCUCAGCCUGAGUAUAGGCAGCUGCUAGUGGAAGCAAUUCACGUCCUUACCCUUCUGUCAGACAUGGAUGUGGAGAGCAUUGGUGGUAUCAUCCACGUAGACCAGAUUGUCCACAUAGCCAGUGAUUUGUUUCUUCAUGACCAGGUAUGAAAAUUAAGGAGCAGACUAAAUCCUGAGGGCUUUUCAACAAUAUAAUAAAUUCAAAUUGUUCUGUGAUGGCAUUAAUAGUAUUAUCCUUACCUCUUGCAAUCUCUGUAUUCUUGUAUAGGUGUGAUUCAGAUGACUACAUUUAUGUAGUAUAGACAUUGUGUAUUCAAAUCUACAGUCAGUUUACAAUAUAUUUAUUUUAAACUAGAUAAAAAAGUAUAAGUUUGGACUUAUACAAAAGUAUAAGUUUGGACUUAUACAAAAGUAUAAGUUUGGACUUAUACAAAAGUAUAAGUUUGGACUUAAAAUAGGACAGAAUGGACCAAUUUGUCCUGCAUAGAGUAUGCCUAAGCACACCUGGUAUAUUCCUUGAGCACACCUAUGGAGAUCAUUGUAUUCUCUCAUUGAGCUGGAAUAUAUAGUGAUGCCAUUUAGAAGAUCCGACAAGAAGUUUGAUAUCAUAUUCUUUAUAGCCACACUAUAUGAACCUCUGCUUGAAAAAAAUAUAUCAUUCCAAAAUCAGGGGUAUUAAUAUGAAGUUAAUGCCAGUUUUCAAAUAUUUCUUCAUAAAUCGACCAGAGCACUUAAAUAAUGUUUCUGAAUAGCAUCUAGGAACUAUUAUUUAUCUUUCAACCCAUGCCGCACUGCUCUCUUUGCUGUCAUACCGCCAUUUUGACUGAGAUCAUCUACACCAAUAAAAUGCUGCUUACACGCAGCAUGUGAUCUAUAAAUGAAUUUACUUGGUCAUAGGAGAAUAUGCUCUUCUAGAAGUGUGUUAAAACUGCAAUUCAAACAGAACGGACAGUAAACAGCAUGUUUCUACAUUGCAGGUUUGAACAGACAGCGGCACUGCACCCGGACCACUUAAUUGAGCUGAAUUGGUUGGGGUGCCUCUAGUGUCCCUUUAAUGUAAUCAUAUAUUAGACCAUGAUACAGUUAUAACAUUUUAAGUCUGUUCAUAAACAAACACUAGAAACCAUACCCAAUUCCUUGACAAAGGACAAAAAAAACAUAUAACUAAAAAUAACAGUCACAAAAUAGAUCAUGUAUAUGUUAUUAUGUAGGAUAUAUAUUCUUAUGUUAUUAUGCCUUUAUUGCCUUUUCUCAGAAGAUAGAUAAGGCAAAUUAUCUGAACAAGAACAUAUCAAAUGUUGCUGUUGGGACAAAUUGCUACAAUGUACAAAGGCAAUUGUAAACUAUCUCUUCAUGCUUAGGAAAAAUAAUAGGAACUGAAUUAUAAAAUAUUUUUGUACAUUACAUCCAAUGUACAAAAAUUAUAUAUUGUAUUAGGCUCUUAGUAUUUACCAAUUAACUAAAUAUUGUAAUUUUUCAGAGAUUAAUCUACUUUAUGCUAUAUACACUGUCUAAGUCAAUUUUGAAAUCCAGGUUUCAACAGGGCCUAAGAUACCUGUGAAAGGGAGCUGCUAUAGUAUGACACUGGUCACAAUUCCUCUACAUACAUCAUAAUGAUGCACCCGGGACCAAUUAACGUGUAUAUAUAUAUAACACUUUAUCAUGCCUUUGCAGAAGUCUUUGGGAGCUGGAGAAUACUUCCUGGAACAGGACCAGGCUACAGGAAUCUGCAACCUUUUCUAUGACAGUGCCCCUAGUGGCGCGUAUGGCACAAUGACGUACCUGACCAAAGCUGUCGCCACUUACUUACAUGACUCUUUACCCAGUUCAAGUUGCUUCAUGCAGUAACAUUUUAGUCACUUGAAUCCACUUUUCCAUUUGUUGCAUUUCAGCAAUAAAACAUUUUCUCUAGGUAGAUAAUGAAUGAAAAAUACUUCGUUUUACUUAAUUUUUGUUAUUUAUUGUAUUUAUUUCAUUGACUAAUUGCAAGAUUAAAUUAGAUUUAGCAGGUUACACAGCCUGCACGCAUUUGCAGGAAGACCAAUGAUAUUGUUGGGAGCAUUCAAUAAUUUUAAAGCCAUGUUACAGUUUUCUAUCUAUCAGGUGUUUUAGUUUAGUUUUUUUUUCCGUUUAUUUGACUGUGCAGUUUAUUUGUAGCUUUGCUAGUGUUAUUAAUUUAUCAUUAAACACAUAAAUUGAAAAUGUAACUGUUCUCACCCUUUGAUUGCCAGAAGGGAGAGCAAUGGUUUAAAUACCUCUCUGACAUUUAAAGAGUUAAAUGUUAUGCUCGGAUUCUGUUAACUUGUUUAAGUUUGAUGUACCUAAUACAAAUAGAGCUCACAAGUAUUUAAAGUUACUGGCUGAGCUUGUAACCAUCCCAUAGCCAAAUUUUGUGUGAACAUACUAUAAUAUAUGUAUGUGCAUAAAAGCUAUAGAUCAAAUGUAAUUAUUGUAAACCACCUGAAGGUGACCUUUUUACCCAUACUUUUGGAUUCUGUGAGAUUAAAGAAAUUGUAAACACCAUUUUUAAAAUGAAAGUGGAAAAAAUAUAAUGUUUCAGUAAAAAUCUCUGUCCCUAUAGAUAGAAGUACACCAGAGACCAGAGAGUGGGAUGAAAUAGUGAAUGUUUAUUAUAGCGUAAGGGAGGAGAAGCUAAAAUGUUAUUUUAGCAUUUAUCUACCAUAUUUUGGGAGUGACUUUUCCUUUAAUCCCUUAAGGACACAUGACGGAAUAUUUCCGUCAUGAUUCCUUUUUAUUUCAGAAGUUGUGUCCUUAAGGGGUUAAAGGAACAUUUUAAAAAACAUGUAGUGUAUCACCUGAUAGUAUCUUAUCAUCAUCUUUAUGUGUGCAUUCAUACUAUACUGGGUACAUCAUUCUCUUAGUAUCUGAAUACUGAAAUUGAUCAAACUGCACCUGAUUGUUACAGACUAACAUGUAGAUCCAGAGGAAAAGAAACUAUGUUUUUUGUUGUUGUUUUUUUUAAAAUGAAAUUCUUCAGAUUUUCAGGCAGGCGUUUGUGUUUCUACUUGUAUGUUAAACAAUUUUAGAAAAGUGAUGCAUAGGCUAUACCUCUAAUUAUAAAAAAAUGUAUGGGCUUUAAUUUUACUUCAAAAGCUAAAAAAAAAUCUAACUCUACAAAUGGUAGAGUUUAGAAAAGCUCAAAUUUAUUUUAACAUUUAACAUUCUGGGUGAAAUCACUCUGGUUAAUGAAAAUGCUCUCAUAGUUUUUUCUUUGAUGUCAUUGUUAACAUCACAAAAAAGACAGUAUCUUCAGAAAAUCAGUUCAAAUUAGCAUGUUAUUCUUGAAACCAGUGUAUCCAUUUUUCCUUGUUUUCCAAUUGCUAUAUGUUCAUAAAAUAUAGACAAUGUUAAUUGCCCAUCUGUGUUAUGUUAAUACUGUGGCAGGUUUGUGUAAAUUAUGGGCCAGCCCAUGAGAUUUUCGUUCUAGUCUGACCACUAGUAGGAAAAUUAAUGUCCUCCUUCUAAAGUCCAAAGAUACAAGAUUUAGAUUGGGUUUCUGAUUUGAAUCCAGAACAAUUACAGUUUAUCAAACCAUAGAUUGGAACAGUCUCCAAUUGUGGGUGCAUAAGUAGUUUCUAUAAAUGUAAAGUCUGGUCCUGACUUUAAAGGAACACUAUAGUCACCAGAACUAUAGCUUAAUGUAGUUGUUCCGGUGAGUAUAAUCAUUACCUUCAGGCAUUUUCAUGCAAACAAUGCCUUUUCAGAGAUGGCCACUGGAGGUGCUUCCUUGGGCAGUGCUGCACAGUAGGCACGCUCUGCAUGGAGACGCUGAAUUUUCCUCAUAGUGAUGCAUUGAUUCAAUGUAUCUCUAUGAGGAGGUGCUGAUUGGUCAAAACUGAGUUUGGCCCCAUCCCCAUCCUGUCUCCUUGAUGAUUUCAGCCAAUCCAAUGCUUUGCCCAUAGAAAGCAUUGAAUUGGCUUAACAUUGUAAAUUCUGAUGAUGUCACCAGGGAGGCGGAUUGGGGACGGGGCCAGCGCCGAUGGACCCACGCGGUGUACAAAUAAGGUAUGUUUUAACCUCUUCUAAUAGGGUUACGUGGGGGGCAAGCCACCUAAAUGGUGGUUUUAAUACUAAAACAUGUUUGUGUUUCUAACCCUAUAAUGUUCCUUUAAGGACCUGAGAACUGCAUGUUGUAUAUCUUUGCAACACGUGUGCCCUGCUACUGAUUCUCAGUGGCCAAAAGUGUAAUUAUGUGUUUACUGCUGGUUUUUGUGCAGUAUUUAUACGUCAAUAAGUUUUCUUCUGAACCCUACAGCUAUGAAUGUGCUCAUGUAGCUGCCCUUAACAGCAGGUUGUCAAAAAAUCUCAAACUGUGCUGUAAAGAUUGAAUUGCCUCAAAAUACUUCAUUUAAUAUGACAUUAUACAAAUAUGUGUGUAUUAAUAUAAUUGAUCGAAAGAAGAACAUUUUAGCACAUUGUAUGUUUAUCAGCAAUUUGAAUGUACAUGUAACGGAUUUCAUCUGCAACAAAUUCUUUUAGCGCCAGAACAAAAUUUUCUUUUUUACAUCUCUCAGGCAUUUCAAAGGGUUAAUGCACAAUAUUCAACAGUGCCUAAAUAUACCUAAUCAGGUUACAAUUGUGGUUAUUCACUCAACCGGGAAUUAUAAUGGACUGGAGAAUUCUAAUUAUUUUGUCCAAGUAAUUAAAACUGGAAAAAUUAUUUCCAGCCUUGCUAUUUUGGUAUAUUUCCCUGACCAAUUCUUAAUAAUUCCUGGUUAGUUGAAAAAACCCUAUGUGUGUUGCUGUAUGAUGAUGUUGUCAUGUAUACAGUUGAAAUGUAUUCAGUGUGUUGUUUAAUGAUUGUUGACCGACCAGUAAAUACAGGAAUAAGGUAUAAAAUGUUUCCUUAAGCUUACCCUUUUUUCAUUGUUAUUUUGUUCACAAUUAGUUUGCUAUAGUUUACUUUGCUCUUUGUGCAAUGAAUAAAACAUAUAUUUAUGUUAAUGUAAAUUUAAAAAAUAGUUAAUGUUUUGUUUAAAAAUUAUAUAUGUAUAUGGAUUGUUAAUGUUCCUCUUCGGUUGACAACAUGCAUGUUUAAAUUGUUCUUUCUCCAAGAUCCAUUGCGAAUAAAUGGG